CGAGCGGGGCGGGGCCGAGGCGCGUUUCCCGCGCAGCUGCGCUGAGGGAGCCCGGAGCAGGAGGAGGCCGCCGCCGCCUCGGUCCCGCCAUGGCUUCUCCGGCCAGGGCCCUCCGGCCGCGCCGCUCGGCCCCCGCGCCGUGAGUCCCCGAGGGCCGGGCGGGCGGGCGAGGGCGGGCGGGGGCGGGCGGGCGGCGUGGGGCCGGGCCGGGCCGGGCUGAGCUCCCUCUUGGUCCGCAGGGCGACGGGCAGCGACGCCUCGGAGGACUCCGGCGACAGCGCCUUCCAGGAAAGGCCUGGCGGCCAGGCGCAGGUAGGGAGGGCCGGAGGGAGGCCCCGGCUGGGUGGGGCGCCGCCAGGCCGGGCUGGGGCUCCCGGCUUCCUCGCCCUCUCUCUCCGUCCCCUCAGGCCCCCAAGGACCCUCUGCCGGCCCGCGCCGAGCCCAGCGGCGGCGGCCUCUUCCCGGCGGUGAAGGCGGGCGGGAGCGCCGCGCAGGUGAGGGGCAGCCGAGGGAGCCGCGCGGAGAAGGCCCUGCUCGGGGCUGCAGUCGGGGCAGAGAGCGGGGAGGGAGGGAGGGCCCAGCACGGAGAAGGCGCCCCCUCCGGCUCAACCCGAAGCUGCUGCUUGAGCUCCCUGGGAUGCGCCAGCAGCCGUCCCCAGGGGAGCUUUGGAAGGAGAGGGAAAGAUGUGCCUCCCCCCCUGUCCUAUGUGCUGGAGUGGGAUAGCUGGCUUGGUGGGCUGCAGUGGAGCAAGGGGUGGGUUUUGGAAAGGAGACUUGGGGCAGGUGAGAGUGGCAGGGUUGGCUGGAGAAAGAGAAGGAGCAGGGAGAUGCGGGGGGAGGCAGAGGAAUGUGUCUUAGGGGAAACGCAAAUCCUCUAGUAUGCUUGUGCUCUUGUGGGUCUCGCAUCUCUCUCUUGUUUCUAUGUGCGUGUCCUUGCCCUGCUCCCUUUGCCUACUGCCAUCCUCUGUCAACUGCCACAGUCUAUAGUUGAUGACUGGCUUGAGAGUUACAGGAAAGACAGGGAAUCUGGGUUUCUGGAGCUGUUCAACUUCAUUGUCCACUCCUGUGGUUGCAAAGGUGAGUUUAGAGUGGAGUGUUGUGCUUCUGCGUACUCUUGCAAAAGCUCUCCUGUGCUCCGUCCUCCUUCCAGUUGCAUGCUUGCUCUGCAGUGAUGUGAGGCUGGACUGGCGCUCUCUCCCUUCUCUUUCCCCUCCACGGCCCUGCAGGUGUAGUGACCCUGGAGAUGCUGAGAGGCCUUCAGAACUCGGAGAUCAUCCAGCAGCUGACAGAAUCAUUUGAUGAGGUGAGAACUAAGGAAGGGGAUGUUUCUGGGGAGGUUAAAUCCAAACAGUCGCCUUGGAGGGAGGGUGGCAGAGACAAAUGGUGGACUCAGACAAAUCUUUUCCUAGGGCUCAGCAGAGUACCCACUGUUGCUGAACACCCCAGUCUGGCGGCGGUUUCGGCAGGGGUUCUGUGAGCUGUUGGGAGUUCUUGUGCACCGAACACAACAUGCUGUUCUCUAUGAUGAGUAUUUGAUGGGUAGCCUUGUCGCCCUGCUUACUGGCAUGUCUGACUCCCAGGUGCGUGCUUUCCGCCACACAAGCACCUUGGCAGGUAGGAGAGUAGUCUGGGUUUGGGUGGGCAGAUGCAUCCCUUUCUGAGAGGAGCUGAGAAAUGCCAUGCUAUGCUUCAUCUUUCCCUGUAGCCAUGAAACUAAUGACAGGUUUGGUGGCGUGUAGCUCUGAGUGUCUAACUCACUGAGAUAGGGCCAGAGCUUGCUCACUAUCAGCUCAGGCCAUGUGCUUAGAGCUAUUUCACUAUAUUUUGUCACCCAAGAUUUCUGCUGCAUCUCCCACAGGGCAUGUUUUCAGAAAGACUGGUCCAGCGCACCACUAGUGAAAUGCUCUGUUUAUCUAACAUUCAACCACAAAGGGGUUCCAGCCUAAACACCCUUUCCACAUUUGCAGUCCUGUCCCAUCUCCUGUCUUCGUUGUACUCCUAUGAAAUACAACUUGGACUCAGAAACCCCUCCAGGAGAAAGCGGAAUGAGGAAUAACCUCUGCUUUCUGGCCUCACCAGGCAUCUUGGAAACCAGGGAGCCAGAGAGCAAGAAAAUAAACUGGAAGGGGAGCAUGAUGCUCAAACCACAUUUGGGGCGCCUGCAAAUUACAGGGACAGGCAGGUGUUUUGCCUUAGGCAACCUCGGUCUUGCACAGAUCAAUUCCAUUAAUGAUGGUAAUUUGCAGCAUAAGUAGUUUAUGUAUGAACCAGAACCACAACAAGGAGCAUUGAGAAACUCUCAUGCCAAGGGUUAUCCCCCUGCAGCUUUUGUUUUCAGGGUUCUGUUCAUAGAAUCAUAGAAUCAUAGAGUUGGAAGAGACCACAAGGGCCAUCGAGUCCAACCCCCUGACAAGCAGGAACACCAUCAGAGCACUCCUGUCAUAUGGUUGUCAAGCCUCUGCUUAAAGACCUCCAAAGAAGGAGACUCCACUACACUCCUUGGCAGCAAAUUCCACUGUCGAACAGCUCUUACUGUCAGGAAGUUCUUCCUAAUGUUUAGGUGGAAUCUUCUUUCUUGUAGUUUGGAUCCAUUGCUCCGUGUCCGCUUCUCUGGAGCAGCAGAAAACCACCUUUCUCCCUCCUCUAUGUGACAUCCUUUUAUAUAUUUGAACAUGGCUAUCAUAUCACCCCUUAACCUCCUCUUCUCCAGGCUAAACAUGCCCAGCUCCCUUAGCCGUUCCUCAUAAGGCAUCGUUUCCAGGCCUUUGACCAUUUUGGUUGCCCUCCUCUGGACACGUUCCGGUUUGUCAGUGUCCUUCUUGAACUGUGGUGCCCAGAACUGGACACAGUACUCCAGGUGAGGUCUGACCAGAGCAGAAUACAGUGGCACUAUUACUUCCCUUGAUCUAGAUGCUAUACUCCUAUUGAUGCAGCCCAGAAUUGCAUUGGCUUUUUAGUUGCCGCGUCACACUGUUGGCUCAUGUCAAGUUUGUGGUCAACCAAGACUCCUAGAUCCUUUUCACAUGUACUGCUCUCAAGCCAGGUGUCCCCAUCUUGUAUUUGUGCCUCUCAUUUUUUUGCCCAAGUGCAAUACUUUACAUUUCUCCCUGUUAAAAUUCAUCUUGUUUGUUUUGGCCCAGUUCUCUAAUCUGUCAAGGUCGUUUUGAAGUGUGAUCCUGUCCUCUGGGGUGUUAGCCACCCCUCCCAAUUUGGUGUCAUCUGCAAAUUUGAUCAGGAUGCCCUUGAGUCCAUCAUCCAAGUCGUUGAUAAAGAUGUUGAAUAAGACCGGGCCCAAGACAGAACCCUGUGGCACCCCACUAGUCCCUCUUCUCCAGGAUGAAGAGGAACCAUUGAUGAGCACCCUUUGGGUUCGGUCAGUCAGCCAGUUACAAAUCCACUGAGUGGUAGCAUAGUCAAGACCACAUUUUACCAGCUUCUUUACAAGAAUAUCAUGAGGCACCUUGUCAAAUGCCUUGCUGAAAUCAAGGUAGGCUACAUCCACUGCGUUCCCUUCAUCUACCAGGCUUGUAAUUCUGUCAAAAAACGAGAUCAGGUUAGUCUGACAUGACUUAUUUUUCAGAAAUCCAUGCUGACUAUUGGUGAUCACAGCAUUCCUUUCUAGGUGCUCACAGACUGUUUGCUUAAUGAUCUGCUCCAGAAUCUUCCCUGGUAUUGAUGUCAGACUGACUGGGCGGUAAUUAUUUGGGUCCUCUCUUUUCCCCCUUUUGAAAAUAGGGACAACAUUUGCCCUCCUCCAGUCUGCCGGGACUUUGCCUGUUCUCCAGGAAUUCUCAAAGAUGACUGCCAGUGGUUCUGAGAUCACAUCUGCCAGUUCUUUUAAUACUCUUGGAUGCAGUUCAUCUGGCCCUGGAGACUUGAAUACAUCUAAACUAGCCAAGUAUUCUUGUACUAUCUCCUUAGUUAUUCUGGGCUGUGUUUCCUUUGCUGAAUCAUUUGCUCCAAAUUCUUCAGGUCGGGCAUUGUUUUCCUUAUCGGAGAAGACUGAGGCAAAGAAGGCAUUGAGGAGUUCAGCUCUUUCUGUGUCCCCUGUUUGCAUUUCACCAUCUUCUCCUCUGAGUGACCCCACUGUUUCUUUGUUCUUCCUUUUGCUACGGACAUACCCAUAAAAGCCUUUUUUGUUGCUUUUAACCUCUCUAGCAAGCCUGAGUUCAUUCUGUGCUUUAGCUUUUCUGACUUUGUGUCUACACGUCUUGGCUAUUUUUCUGGGGAAACUUAACUUUACUGCCAGCUUCCCAAAGGGAGAAGUUUUGUCUUUUUUCUGCUUUUGGUCCUACUUUGGUGUUACCCUCUGGACUGCCAAUCGCAGCGUCAUAACUGCAGGUGAGGGGGAGGCAGCUGCCCCAGUGAGGAUUUUUCUUUUGAACAUCACAAGAGCUGGAAGGCAAAUCCUCAGAGAUGCCCUUCCCCCAAAGCCAUUGGGCCUCAUUGAGAGGAAGGGGGAGAGGAGCUAACAAGGAUUAGUCUUGGACGUCUUCCUUCUUGCACAGUCCCUGGGUUGGGGCUCGCCUCAGUGGGCUUGGGGCAUUUCACCCCUGGCUUUUCUUCCUCUGCAGACAAAGGCAGAGGUGAGAGUCUUGGACUGGGGCAGUGGGACACAGAUCCAUUGGGGCUCAGAGUGCCACGGAGGGGGUGGGGAUGAGCCACCACGCAUCUUUCCUUGGGGAGCUGCUCUGCCAGAGCUGCCCUGAUGGAGGCCAGCACAGCCAAGGGGAUCCAGUGGCGCUUCCCUGGCUGGGCCACCCACAGAGCAAAUCUCCUUGCCACACCUGCCCAAGGCGGCUCAUUGGGAAACUGCUGAACAUGCAGGGGGCCAGCAGGACGCCUGAGCAGCCUGAGCAAGAAAGAGAACCCCACUGCAGCCUGCCUGGCCCAGCUGCGGAUGGGGAACAGAACAGGGUGUGCUGGGGCACAGGUCUGCUUGCCUCAGCUUAAAAUGUGUGGGCCAUUAGCAGCCAAACAAAACAAAAGCCUAUUCUUGCUAGUUAGCAUGAGAAGGGGCUAAGAUUACAGCUGACUGCUAAGGACCAAGACCAUCAAAAUGCAAUUGGUAGAGAGGACUCUGUGUGAUGUCAUUUCCCCUCCUCUCCUGGGGGCCUCCUGGUACUUCCUGCUCCUCUCUCUCCCUUUGGCCAGCCAAGAGGGCAGACGUUCCCUUUGCCUGCUCCACUGCAGGCAGAUGCCAGAAACUGGUUAUACAGCCAAGCUCGGCUCCCAAACGCCUCCGUUUUGGAACAUUUUGGCUCCCGAACACCAAAAACCCAGAAAUAACUGCUCCGGUAUUUGAACAAUUUUCAGAAGCCGAACAGCUUCUGUGGAGUUUUUUUCUUUUAUCUCCAUUGACUUUGCUGGCCACCCUUUGAUCCUUGGUUGUUGAACGUUUCGGAAGUCAAACUGUCUUCCGGAAUGGAUUACGUUCGACAACCGAGGUUUGACUGUACUGUAAAGGUAAAUAUUGUUGGGGGAUUGAUCAUUUGUUUUACAGACAACUGAGUGAGUUUCUGUUCUGUAUGUGAUGCAACUUUCAGAUGCUGGCCAGAAAAACCAGAAUGGUUACACUGCUGCAAUAUAAGAAUGAGAUCAUUGUCAGCUUGCAGCAUCUGGAAAAAUAGCCUUGAAAAACUGUGCUUUUUAUUAUUUUAUUAUUUCUUGAGUUUAUAUACCGCCCUAUACCUGGAGUUUCUCCUUAGACUACUGCUGUGUGCCAUAGUAUGCUAAGUGAGAUGUUCCACUGUUGGGACCAGCAGCCAUAAAUGGACUUUCUGUAUAUAUUUCAACAAUUAGGCUUAAUACGGGCAAUAAAGAGCUUAUUGCUGGGACUGCUCUUGCGUCUUGAGCUGUUUAUCCAUCAGGGCAAAUCCGCUUGCAAAAGCUGCAUGUUUACAACUCUGUUGGAAGUGUGCUGGGCGAUUGGUUUAAGGCAGGAGUUUGAAGGCCAUAAAAUCUCAGAGGUAUUUUGCCUGCAUAAUUUUUACUCCUGCCAUUGCUGUGAACCAAUGCAUGAUAAUAAGUAAAUUAUAUUUUAAACUUACUUCCCAGGUUGUUGACUUUGUUAAUCAGGGUAAGAAAGGGAGAGUCAGUUGAGUUGAUAGCUGGACUUGCUCAAAACAAGGUUUCAUAGCCUAAUCCCUGUGCUUUUAAUGUUGCAGCCAAGGAUGGGACCCCCCCCCCCUUUGGUGUCCUCUGCUCUGGGCUGUUAUUGGGGAUCCACGGAUUACACACACAUGAAGGAGAUGGAUGGUUGGUGAAGGAAUGGCCGCUACUGCUUCAACCAUGACGGUCCCUGGCAGGGCUUCGCUCGCUGCCCCACAGGGGACUUUCCUUGCCAGGUUCCAGCGCCCCCUUCCUGCAUAGAGGCUGGAAUCCCCCCCCCCCCGAGUCCUGUUGAUUGCAUGGGGGCUGCUUUUCAUCUCCUGUUUCUGCUGCUGGGUCGGCAGGCCGUGGUGUCCCAAGAGUCAAAAUGUCAUAGAAUCAGAGAGCCACAGAGUUGGGAGAGACCAAAGGGGUUAAGGUCUCACAGCUAAUGUGUCGGGUUUUGGGGGGUUCUCAAAGGCACGCACCAGCCAGAAGAAGAGGACGUCACACAGUGGAGAUAUAAGAAGAAAACUUGUAUUAAAAUGCACAUGAAAACAAUGGGGCUGAGGCCCCGCUGUGCUCAGGCUCCCCAUUCCACUGCUUGGCUCCAUCCUCCUGGCAGGCUGCUCCAUGGCUAGUCAUGCUCAGGCAGAGACAUUAAUGGGCUCAAAGGCUUUGAUGUCUUGAAAUUUGUCACAGGAGAAAUUAACCAGCAGCUGCUUCGUCCCACUCUUGCUGGGCUUGACCUCGAACUCGAGGCGGGUGCUCUGCUUGGCCUGCAGGGGUGGCGCGCUGCAAACAAGGAGCAAAAGGAGCCAGUCAGCUGAUGCUCAGGAGGAGCUGUGGGCCUGGCAUGGGGGCUGCCUGGCCCUCCUCUGCCCUUCAGGACUCCAGGGCUAGCUCCUGCAGCAGCAGCCGCCAAGCCAGAGGCUCUCCCAGGCCCUGCCCACCAGGCGGGGUCUCCCUCUCGCUGCUGGGUUCCCAUGCGCAGGCCAGGCUGCUGCUUCAUUUGCUUUUCACUGCUAAUUAGAUCAAGCACAAUAACUCUGAGUUGGGGGGGGGACAGUGGCAGAAGCAGGUGCUUCCCCUGCAGAAGGACCCACGGCUGGGAGGGCAGCUGCCAAAGGGACCAGAGCAGGGGGGUUGCGACUAACGGGGUCCAGGAUGGACAUGCCAUGAUCAUUCAGGUGGACCAGAAGGUACAGCCUGAGGUGCAGCCAGUGGGGGGACUCUGAGCCUGGAGAAACGAUGGAUGGCUGAGCAUGAUGGACCCACUCGGGGGGCGGGCAGUGGGUGCUGAGCAGUCUCCCAUUACCCCUCACCUCCCUCUCAGACCACCCUAGGAAGAGCAGCUCUGGACGGCCCCUCCCUCGCCCCAUCACCUUGUGGCAGUGGCAGCAGAUGGCAGGAAGGGUAUUUGGGGGGGCGUAUGCCUGGGAAUUUAUCCUUCUUCUGAUUUGAGGGUCAAACUAAAUGUUCCCCAGUUAAGCAGCUCAGGCUGAAGGUAGCCAUGAGCUCCCACAUCCACGCCAGCCAGGUGAGGAGCCAGCCUGGUCCCAGCUGAGCACACAAGUGGCUUGUGGGACCUUCAGUUUGGAGCACGGGUCCCUCUCCCCACAAAAUACUUCCACAUCCCAUCAAAGCUUGCUCAUUAGGAAGCAGGGACCCAGUGUCCCAAUUCCUCUCUAGAAGGGUCCUCCUUGAAGUCUUUCUUCUAAGAUCACUUUUCUUCCUCAGAGUAGUUUGUCCCCAUUGGCUGCCCAGCCUCCUCCUGACUUUGGAUGUGCCAAAGAAACAGCAGCCCAGCUCUGCCUUUGCCAGUUCCUGGCUGGAGUGUUGAAAGGCAGUGGGGACACCCAGCCCCAGCCCCACACAGCUGCCACCAGGUGGGGUGAGUGACAGCACCAGUGCUAAGCACUGCCUGGGGUGGUUGGCAAGCCGGGGGGGUUACAAAUGAGCAGUUUGAGCAGUGGGGUGUUGGGGGCAAACAUUUCUAAAGGGUGGCUGAAACUCAUGUCUGCAGCAGAGGCUGCCUGUGCACAGCUCUCAAUCUCUCUCUCUCUCUCUCUCUCUCUCUCUCUCUCUCUCUCACUCUCACACACACACACACACACACACACUCACGAUUCCCUGAAGCAAUUUCUCAACUAUUAAAAGACACCUCUGAAGCAAAAGGGGCCCCAGCCUCUGUCACUGACAAUUCCUGGUACACAUAGAAAAGUUGCCUUGGAAGGUGAUAGAAAAGUGGGCUGUGACUCUUUUGGGUAGUGAGCAAAGGAAGCCCCACAUGGCCAGGAAGACACAGGAGUCCCUUCUGGGCACCCCUUUCCAGACCCCCCCCCCCGGGAGACUGGAGCCCCGACUUUGCCUGCUCUGGAAGUGCAGCUGAGGAACUGGGAGGUGGGAGCACCACAAGGGAGCACCCCAGCAGCCACCCCCAGUCCUGGGGAGGGGACACGGCACCCCCCCUGUCUGGAUGUCCCAGGCACUUACUCCAGCUUGAGCUUCUCUGCCAGCAAGUCACUGCCCUCUGCCUGCAGCACACAGUCCUUCACUUCUUCAUUGAGAGGGUUGGUGAAGACCACCUCCACCUUCAGCGGCUGGUCCACUUUCGCCUGUCCCAGCACCUGCCCAGAGAAAAGCCCCCAUUGAGUAGGAGGGCCACUCCCCAGGCCUCCCAGGGGGCAAAGCCAGGAGGGCACAGGCCUCCAAAGGCAUGCCUGGGAGGACCAUGCACUGCCCAGCAAGCAGAGAAACUUGAGGGGCAGUUCUGUGGGCAUCAAGGCAGGGAGGCACUCGGGAGCCUCUCCUGGGCACAGAGGCAGCUGAGGAAGGCUUACUUUCAAGGUGACGGAGGGGUUGCUCAGCGUGAUGUCUCCUUCCACCACGGCUUCGGUUCCCUCUGAGAGUUGGCACAAGGCUGUGGCUCGAAUCAUGUUGUCUGGCGUCAGGUGUUGCUGGUACUCAGCGUAUGAGAUCUUGAGAGGAAACUUUUUCUCUGAAAGUGACAAGUAACCAAAGGGCCUUCCAUGAGAUGUGGGUCACGCAAGCCGGCAGGGGCAGACUUUGGUCUUCCAUAGUUCAGCAGCACCCAUGGGAGACCUAAUUUGGCACCCGGCCUCAUGCACAUGCACUGCAUCAUAGUUGCAACACCUUGUGGCUCAGUGGCCGGUGCAGAGGAACCUCUUGCGGUGCUCAAAAUCCCCCUCGGAUGCCAGGAAGAACCCCAAAACGUUGCCCUUUCUUCAGGGGAAGGUGAGUCCCAUAGCCCUUGGUGGAGAACAGUCAGGGGCUGCCAAGGCAGGAACUUGGCUAGCUGGGGGCAGAUAUGGGGAGCAAUGAUCCCCCUCUUCCGUGGCCCUUGCCCCCCAACAUUGCCCAUGGGUGCAAAAAGAGGAGCCCCCCAUCUCUUGGGGUAGAGCAAGUGGAAAAGGGGCAGGCCAAGCACAGAGGUCAGCACACACCAGCAGUGGAAGUUCCUUGCACCCCAAGAUCUGAGGAGGUCGCUGGAACUCGCCAUCCCCCACCCCAGCAAGCCAAGAGGGAGACCUAUGAGAGGUGCCUCUGCCACCACCCCCACCCGAGUGGGGCUUCUCCAGAAGGCCCGACUGUGGCUUGUGGGCAAAGGAGGAGGAAGAGGGGGCAUUGGAGGCUGCCCCCUUGCUGUGGGGAGCCCACAAAAGGCUUACCUUCUUGCGGGCCCAGAGUCACUGCGAGAGAGUCCUUCCAGACUUCAUGGAUGGGCUUCCCAUUGUAGACGAUGGACCAGGCGGUCAUCUUGGCCGUCAGGCUCCUGGCCUUGGAGGCAAGGUUCUUCAGGGUGAAGACCAAGUCAACAUCCUGACCAACCUUUGGCUCAGGGCUCUUGGACUUCAGAGUCCCUGAGAGGUUUGGGUUCACAGCUUCCGGACCCUUGGCAGAUAUGGCAUUGAACGUGUUCAGGUUCAGCUUCUCACUGGCCUUUUUGAAGACGGCUCUUUCCUUCUCUGAGCCUGGAAGAGAAACAGCAGGUGGCAAAGCCCAGCGGGGCUGUUAGGCCCCAGUGCAGGAGCCAUAGGGACCAGCAGUUGCAUGAAGGGCACCUUCCCUCUCCUUCCCCAGGCCAGGGGCUCUUGGGGCCUCAGCCUCGCAGCCAUCCUAGCAGUGCAAGGCCUGGUGGCACAGAAGAGCUGGGGUCCUGAGGGCUGGCAGGCAGACCAUGGGGCUCUUUGCUCAGGCCUGGCUUGGGUGUGGCGCAUGGACUUAAAAUCUUUGCCUGCCCUCCCUCCCACUCAUUGGUGGGCAAUACCACCCAUGUUCCGCCCUCCCUGCCCUGGCCAAUCUGCUGACAGGGCGCCCAAAGUAGCUUCUGGGAAAUGCUCUGAGAAACACCUGAGCCUCCAUGGGUGUAGCCAAGGGGCAGCAGGGGAGCAUCUCCCCUCCAUCAAGUAAAUCCAUAAAAAUAUUUAACUGAGGUUCUGCCCCCAACAAAAAUACUGGCUCCACCCAUGUGAGCCUCCCUCUGCUUUGCUCUCCUGAUGGGCCAGUCUUGUCCUCACAACUUGGGUAAGUGCUCAUUUCCUUGGCAAUAAUCCAGAUCCCUCAACAUUUCCAGUUUCUGUCUCAAUUUGCAUGCCUUACCUUCUGGGUAUUUAUAAUUGUUGGUGACAUCCUGGCGGGCAUUGCUGCCCACGGCCUUGGUGCUUAUGUUCUGGCCAAUCUUCUUGGUCUUAGAGUAGACCUUUGUUUUCUUUCCCGUGUUCGUGUCAUACGUCCAGGUGACGCGGUCGGCAUUGACCUCUGCAUAGACGAACGGGCAAUCGUAGUUCAGGUCGACGUCUCCUUCCUUGAUGGCCGUCAGCGAAGCUGGACCGCACUGGAAGAUGCCUGCAGGAAGGAAAGGGAGGGAGAACCAGUGGGCAUUCUGCGCCUCAAGGUCACAUGCAAGAAAACAGUUUGGGAGGGGGCAAACAAAACCCCAGCUAGCAGAUACAUUUAAAACAAAAUGAAAAGCAUACAAAAUAAACUUUCAUAGCAAAGACCCACUAAGUCAGCUGGGAAAGCCCGUCAGAACAAAAAUGUCUUCAGCUGCUUCCAGAAAGUGCAGAUCAUGGCUGCCUGUCAUAUCUCAACAGGGAUGCUGCUCCACAGAAGAAGGGCAGCCACACUCAAAGCCCUCUUCUUGACAGGUCAGCUGCUUUUGGUGAGAGCCAUUGUCGUCGUAGGCAUUGUGAGUUUGGGAGUGAGAGAAGGGGCAGAGAGAGAGGCAGGGGAGAGUUUUUUUAACUUGCAGGAGAAACCUCCUGCCAGCUGCAGCCACCUACUGGGCAGCCAGUGCCAGAUUUACAUAGCUUGGGCCCCCGAAAAAAAAAGGAAAAAAACAACCUGGAUGUACAUUUCCAAAAUAUAAGAUAAAAAACAAAUAAAAUAAAACCUACAUACAGCAACAGUGUUUUGUGUUGUGUAUGGAGCUAUUAAAAUUAAUCAAUUUUAUGUAUAUUGGUAAUUCAAAAUUAUUUUGAUGUGAAUGGACAAUUUGUUGUUGACAAAGGACAGCUGGGCAUAUAAAGGGCCCCAUUCCCUUCUGGAACUUAGGGCCUCAUCAAACCUAAAUCCAGCCCUGUGGGCAGCAAAGGGAUAAGAUGGUCUCUCUUGCAAGGAACCUGGUCCCAAGCUGUAUAGGGACCAUAUGUGUAAGUACCAAGGCCUUGAACUUGGCCCGAUAGCAGAAUGGCAGCUGGUGCAAAUUCCAAAUGUUGCUGCUGGUUGGUCCCUACAAUCCACCUUGGUGUUCUGCCCUCCACAAAAUCUUUCCUUUCAAAAAAUACAUAUUAUUGUGCACGGCACUCCAGCAGGUUUCAUAAUAUGAUGGGCAAAAGGUCCCCCUGCUUAAAUUUCUUUAAAAAUUAAUUCCAUUUUUCAUUCAUUUUCCUUCUGUCAUUGACUGCUCCCACAAAUCCCCCACCAGGAUGACAUUGCAGCAAAAGGUUUUGUUCGCCCCUUUGCCAGGCUCCCUAAAAUCGGUACAUAUAAAACAAAACUAUCAACAUUUAAUAGUGAAUGAUACCAAAUUAUAUUUAAAAAGAGAAUAGCUGGUGGGAAACCUUGAGAAUCACUGUUCCUAUAGCAUUGACUCUUCCAGAAACACUGGGGGAAGAAAAAUUGUGACUCCCCCCCCCCUUUUUAGACAACAAAGGCAAGCUUCCCUAAAACGAGAGCCCCUGGACCUCUUUGUCUGAACUUUGGCAGGUUUCUUAGCCAAGGGCGGCUCCCAGUCUCAGGUUCCCAGUUGCCCGCAUAAGACUGGGAGAGGAAGGGGGCUUCUCCCCACCUGCCCCAAAUGCCAACGGCAGCCCCUGAGGAGGGGCCACUGCCCUUCACAGAGACAUCCUCCUCUCAGGAGGGGAUGCCUCUUAUUCCAAUUCUGCCACAAAAUAAACAAGCAACCUUCUUUUGCUCCCAUGAGAAAAAUAGCCCUUAAAGGUCUUGUGGGAUGUACAACAUUCCUUGUAAUGCUAGAGUGGACAUGCAAGGGAAUGUUUGGUCCAGCCAGUUGAAACUUCCUGUUCCUCCUGGCCUGGAGCAUCCUUCCUCUUGCAUGUGACCAGAGGUGGGCAUGACCUCACCUGUCCAGGUAACAAAAGGACGAGUCAUAGAGCACUCCCUCCCUUUUUUCCUUUCUCCUUUUGUCUGCUUCCAGCUAGGACUGCUCUGUUGGCUUUCAGCCAACAGCAGCACAGGGAUAUGGGGUAAAUCCACAUGUUGCUAUUUGUAACUUUAAGUCUUUAAGCCUUCAGGACUGAUACUGUGCACUGCCUGAAAGUGAGUAAACUUACUUUUUGUUGACUAUGAAGAGGAUUGUGGUGUCUUUAUUCUUUUAAGAGGGAUUUAAAAGGGGAUCUUACCAGGAACAUACAAUUCACUCUGAGGCAGAUUGAAUUGCAUAAUAGUAAGAGGUUCUAAUGAGCCUGCAACCAGUUUCUGCUGUGCAUGAGAAGGGGAACGUAACUCUGCUACAUAAGGAACUUGCUAGCGCAUGUUAGGAAGAUUAUUAAUACAAAAUAUAUCCUCUCCUGCCACCCUGAACAUUCCCACAGGUCCCUUGGAUGAAACUCCCCUGGACAAAUCCACAUGGAGGUUGGCAGGCUUUGGAUUCCACUCUGGAGGAGAUCCUUUGCCUGCAAAUGUCAUCCACCUCUGCAAAAAUGCAGGUGGGGAAUUAUUGCUGAUUUUAGAUUUCCCAUUAUAUAGUCAAGGGGUAGGGGACAGAGCUUGGGAUUUAGCAGAUCAGAAUUGGUCCCAAAUAGUGAAUUGAACUGGAACAACACAGAGCCUUGGGGUCGCUUCCAACACUGCAGUUCUUUGAUUCUGCUGCCCGCCACUUAGCCCCUCACCAAACCUGGACAUUUCUGCCAUGGGGAACAGUGUGGCAAGAAGGCAAAGCACAAAUCAGCCCCCCCCCCCCAGUUCUCACCUGUGCUCCUCUCCUGGGGAGUUGCAUCCAGAAUUUGCCACCCAUUGAACUGGGAGCCAAUGUCCGGCCGGACAAACCAACCUUCAUUCCAGACAUGGAAGUACCUGGGCCAGAGAAUAAACAAGCCUGAUGUGAAGGUUUGCAGUGAGAUGAGGGCAGAUUGUGGCUUCCACCACGGCAACUUCCUCCUGCCAAGGAAAGGACCAAGAGAUCCCUUUCACCCACCCACCCAGGGCCCUGCCUCUCUGUGCAGAAAUGCAACUGAUGCUGGUGAGGUGGGGGGAAGAGUCAGGCUGAGUUACCAGACACUGUCGGAGCCAAUGUUCAGAGGGUUCCCAAAGCUGUCAAGGUACUUAUCCACAGUCAGGCUUCCGUCGGUGUCGUGGGCAGAAUUGAAAUUGGAGAUCAUGCGUGCUGCAAUUCCCAGGCAUCGGAGGACUGAGAGGGAAUGAGAGAGAAAAUAUGAACUUUGUGAGGCUGUUCCUCAGGGGCAGAGGCAAUGGCUGCAGAAUACUCUUGGUUGAAACAUCAACUUCUCAGGCAGGUGCUCUUGGCUCUGUGGCCUGUGAGCACUCCUUGGGAGAUGUUGCCAUUGACCCUGUGGGCUGGCGCAAGAACAAGCAUGGAAAGGGGAGCGGUCACUGGAAGGAAGUAGAGCAGUGGCUGCCAUUCCCACUCAGGAGUCUCCUGUGACGAGGACGGUCUAAGGUGCUGGGUGCGAGAGGCAGGUGCAAAGUUGAAACUUCAUCACUAGAUAGAUGGCUGCCCCAUGCCCCAUUGUCCUCUUUGUCAGGGCCAGCACUUUUUCUGCCUCCUCACACAUCUGAAAAUGCCAGGGGGACCCAACAGAGCGUAUCAGACUACCGAGACCACCAGCCCGGAAAGAGCCCCACCAGGGGAGUUUGCAGAUCCAGAGAGGGUGACGCUUUUCUCCCCAGUCACAACACACACAAACAUACCCAGCCUAGUUCCAUGCCCAGGAUCCCAGGCAGAAAGGGCCACAAGUCUGAAUCAAAGCUCAGACCAGAAGCACAAGUGCAGGUCGCUCUGAGCCAUGAGGAAGAAGGGGAGCCGUGGAGCAAAGGGCUCUCUGGAUCCAGCUAUGGCUCCUUCUCCUUACUUCCGGAUUUACUGGUGCAGCACAUCCUUCUGUCCCGCUCCUAGGCCUGUGUGGGAUGGUGACCCCUGGACUGGACAUUUCACUUGCCACAAUUACAUCAAAUGAUAGGGACAGAAUGAAAUGUUGAAGCAGAAAAGCAUGGAAUCAUGGAGCUGGAAGGGACCCCAAGGGAUCUUUCUUGUGCAACCCCCUGCAAUGCAGGAAUCUCAGCUCAAGCAUCCCUGACAGAUGGCCAUCCAACCUCUGCUUAGAAACCUCCAAGGAAGGAGAGUCCAGAACCUCCUUAUAAAAAGUAAACACUUGUUUGACCUCAGUUAUUUGACACAGAGGGGGAUACCAACAGAUAUAGUCCAAAAGGCACACAGGGAGUUCUGCAUGUAUGGGAGAAAUUUAAAAAGCAAGUGGUCCUCACUGACUGGGUGCAAAAAGAUAUUGUCAUCCGGAGGAGCCCUGGCUGCCUAUAUAAAACACUAUAGCGCCCCCCCCUUACCUGAGAGUAAGGCCCACUGAACUCAGUGCAGCUUUCUUCUGAGUAGAUCGUUCUUUACUAGAUGCAAGUCAGCUGCACCAAAUGACCCCGUUCAGCUAGGCCCUGCGCCUUGCAAAGCUGAGCAGACGCUGCCAACAGACCUUGUGCCCCUUGGCAACAUCUGAAGACCCUGAUCUACCUGAUCCAGUGCUGGGUGGACUGGGCCCUGUGCUUUGCAGAGUCAGGCCCAGGCUGCCACUGGGCCCAGCACUGGUGGCAGCUACAAGCAGCUCUGGUUCGCCCAGCCCUACCCAUUGCCACCCCACCUGACCUGGGGGUUCUGGAUCGGUAGCUCUACUGGUCAAAAUAGGAGCAUCAGCAAUCGCCCUCUCCUAUCAGAAACAUCCCAGGACUGCUCCAAGAAAACACAUGUGGCAAAAAGGAGUGCUAGGCCCUGGUGGGCCUCCCCCUUACCCACUUGCCAUUGACCAAGCAGAUAGCUAGCUAAUCAGGAUUCUACAUGUGCCUAUUUUUCUUCACUUCUCACUUCCCUCUGUGGCCCCCUAGCCUCGUGCUAUGCCCCCCCCCCAUUUAUGUGAUUUUCACCUGUGACCCCCUUGGAAUAUCCUUAGAAUAUCCCCUUGGAAUAUUCUAGAGAAUUUUCUGUGACCCCUUGGCUGUGGAGGUUUGUUGUCAAAAUAACAAUGCAUUAUUGAGGUUGAGUAACUCUAGAGACUAGGGACGCGGGUGGCGCUGUGGGUUAAACCACAGAGCCUAGGGCUUGCUGAUCUGAAGGUCACAGUGAAGCGACUUAGUCAUGCUGGCCACAUGACCCGGAAGCUGUACGCCGGCUCCCUUGGCCAAUAAAGCGAGAUGAGCGCUGCAACCCCAGAGUCGUCCGUGACUGGACCUAAUGGUCAGGGGUCCCUUUACCUUUACCCUUAACUCUAGAGACUAACAACCACAGUGCUGCAAAUUUCUGGUUAGACAGAUUGCAAAGAAAAGCAAUGUAAUUUGCAGACACAGAGCUCUGUUUGACAGCACUUCCCUUGAGUUCUCUAGCAGGAAAAAGACAAAGGGAUUUAAUUUUUUCUACUUCCUCCUGCUUCAGAACUCAUUAUCUUUUCCGCCAUGCUUCUGAGGCAGAUGGAUGUCUGUCUGGUCUCUCCCCCAGUGGAGAUUCCAUUUUUGACCUCAACUAUGCAUUGUAAUCUAGAAGCAGAAUUUGCCUGUUUGUAACUGCUGGAAUCAAGUGCAAGACUUUAUGUAAGUACUAUUUUACAUGUGAUUCUUUUAUUAAGAGGGAGAAAGGGGGAAAUCGUAUAUCCUAUCCUUCCCACAAAAUCCAUCCAGCAAUGGUUCCCUGGGGACUCUAAUGUUCUGGGGGUGGUGGGGGCAGCAGCAGCAGAGAAGCUGCUUGCAGCAAAAGGCAUUGGCACCCAUUGCACUCAGCCAUCCGUUUUGCCCAGACGAAAUGCUUGCUGCAUGCCUGUCACCUGUGGUUUGGCUGCUGACCAGAGGCAGCAGAGCCUGCCAUGAAAACCCACAGCUGGUGCUUGAGCUAAUUCCUCACCCCAGCGGCUUGGUGGUGCAUGCCAGUAUUUCAGGCAGACCUACCUGUAGUCAGCACUCCAGCAAAGACCCAGCACUGCCCAUACUGGACAGGUCUAAAUCCCGAGUCCUUCCAUUUUCUCAAGAUGUCCACGCUUCCAUUCCAGCUGCUUGGAUUCUCCCCACCACUGUAAUUCCCACUCCAGUUUCCUUGCAGGACUCCUCUGUCGUCAGUGCUGUUGACCUGCAGCGGGGGAGGGGGGAGUCGAGAGAGGCCAAUGAGCUGCUCCCCCUUUUUUGCACAGGCUGGAUUGGACCAGGGAGCAGCAGGAAGGGAGUAGCGGGCUGCCUGCCUGCCUUCCCCUUUCCACCCAUGAUCCCACCUCCACAUCCUUUUGCAAAGUUAAUAGAAUCAUAAAAUUGUAGGCAGGCAGGUGAGAGCCCCCUCGUGGCUCCUCUCAGGGACGCUCGCUCCUAUCCAUGGGGUGGGUGGGAGGCUGGCUCGUGCUGGGCUUUCCUUACCAUGGCGCUGAGCACCCGCCCAACGUAUUUGGGGUCAUUUCGUCUGCGCACGUCAGCAGUUGGGUCCUUGCGGUAGCUCAAGCUCCGGUCUAGGAUGUCAAGGCAGAUGUCCAAAAUGCCCUCUUGAAACUGAACACAGAGAGGAAGACAAAUGAAAUGGUUCUUCAUCCUGUGGCAGCAUCACCCAGUGCUACACACAUAACCUGGAGCUUCCCCUGCAUUUUGAGCGACUCCAACUAUGAACUGGUUGAAGGAAGAGAGCAGGUACUAUUUGUUCCUUCCUCUGCAGGAGAGGAGGGGAAAUGAUAUCACACAGAGCCCUCUCUACCAAUUGCAUUUCUAUGGUCUGAGUCAGCCUCUCAUCAAUACAGUUCUGUGGAUUUAGCGCCUUCUCAUGUGUUGGGGGAAUUACUGGCUUGUUUUGCUUUUGCUUUUCUUAUUUAUUUUGUGUUUUCAUUUUGUAUUUUUCUGUAUUUUUAUGUUGUGAACUGUGAUCUUUGGAAGAAGGCUGACAUACAAACUUAAUAAAAUAAAUAAUAAAUAUAAAUAUGUGCUUGUGAGGUUUGGCUGCUAAUCUCUCACAAGGCCUGGGUGGGCGAGAGGGGCCCACAGUGGCUCCGAAGGUUUCCUGCCCCUCUCCCUCCCUUGGGAAGAGGCUUGGGAGUAACCCAGACUGUCCCAGAGAAUGUUCAGCUUGUUAAGACGACCCAGGCCAGGGGCUCCUCCUUCUCCCUCUCCCCCCUUCCCGGGAUUGCCAUAUGUCCUCUUUUUCAUGGGUAGAGCCAUCAUCUCCCCCCAAAAAACUAAGUUUUGGGUCUUUUGGGGGAUUUUUACAGCAUUUUCCUCAAAAAGUGCCCUAAGUUGCCAUACUUCCGGAGUUUUCUGGACAUUUCGCCAAUUUGGCGAAAAAUCCUCCCAGACACCGUUUUGACAGCCCGAUUCACGGACGUGUCUGGGGGAAAACCGAGACGUAUGGCAGCCCUAUCAUGGUGAUCCAUAGCAGUGGCGUAGCGUGGGUUGUGAGCACCCGGGGCAAGGCAAGUAAUUUGCGCCCCCUAACCCCCAGAUGUUGCGCCCGGUGCGGCCGGCCCCCCCCUGCACCCCCCACGCUAGGCCACUGAUCCAUAGCUAAAAGCAGAAGUCGACAAAUGUGUCCUGUUUUUUGCUCUUCAAAAUAUGGCAACCCGAAGACCCCCAGGGACCGUCCAGCCAGCCUAGGAAGUGCGCUCUGGUCGCGGGGAGGAGACACACCUGGAAUUGAGGAGGAGCUGGAAAGGUCCUUUGGUUUCACAUCCAGGACCCAUUUUCUCUCUCUUCUUUUGAGAAAGUGGGGGGGGGGGACGGGAUUUGGAGCGCGCGCGUGUGCGCGUAAGCUGAGCUCCAGUUGCUCUGGGCAUUUCUGGAAGGGGCCGGUAGCGUCUCUCCUAACCCCUCCCCACCCCGGUCUCCAGCCCCCGCCCAAAGGCUUCCCCCUACCUGGCCAAAGUUCCACCCGAAGCUGGAGAUGUGGUUCACGCUGCCCCGGAAGACGACGCCGAACUCGGAGAGGACGUAUUCCUUGCGCUCCGCGUCGUUGCCCAUGAAGACGUCGUCUCCUGCGAGCGAAAGAACCGGCCGGUGCUGAGGGGCCAUUUGGGUGGGGAAGAACUAGGAAUCCCCAAUACCUCCUUGGGACGCCCCCAGCCCUCCUCCCCGUAGCUGCAGGUGGCCCGUCCUGUCCCUGUGCGCCUUGGGGGCAGGAAGCCCCCCGGCGCCACCCCGAGGCCGCUUCGUGCAGCUGGAAGCACCUAGCCAGGAGGAGAAGGAGGAGGAGUCUCGGGUCCCCACAAGAAAAGGCCGGGGGCCGAGGGGGGCAGUCGUCGGGGGGGGCGGUGCGGUGGGUUCGGGGGCAUCAGUCGCUGGGGGGCCGUGUGUUUUGGAUUUGUUUUCGCUCUUGUUUUUAUUAAGUAUUUCGUGUUUCUUAUAUUUUUAUGUUGUGAACCACCUUGAGAUCUACGGAUGAAGGGCGGCAUACAGAUUUAAUAAAUAACUAAAUACCUGUCGCCCAGGGGUUAAAGAGCAGCACGAAGGUGCCGAGGUGGGAGGCGCCGGCGUUCGUUUUGAUCCCCAGCCGGUAGCGCCCGAUGGCGGCACUCGCAGGGCUGGAAAUGGCGAUGUUCAGGGAGCCCGAAGCCGCCGGAGAGUCCUGGACGGCGCCCCAGGAGCCGCCGCUGGGUGCGGCGCUGGAGAUGCCAAAAGCCACGCGGGUCUUCUCGUGCAGGGCAGAGGUCGAUCCUGGCAGCAGGAGGAAGGCGGUGAGCUUUGGGCAUAGUGGAGGUCACAUCUUGGGCAGCCCGCCCUCCGGGGUGGGGGCCUUUACGCCAAGUGGCCCCCUCGACAUGGAGAGCCAAGGAGUCACCCAGCUGGACUCUGCAUUUCGGUGGCGGCUUACCUGUUUCGACGGUGAACGUGAGGCUGCCUGGAGCUGGCGCUGCUCCGCCGAAGGCCAGAGAGAUAUAGAAAAGUUGUGCCCGUCGCACCACCAGCUCGGUGCCGGGGUACUGCUCGGUGUGGUGCGCGCUGCCAUUGGCUUUCCGCUUCCAGUCAAUCUUCGGCACAGCUGCAAAAACGGGGACAAGACCACGAAGGUUGAGGCAGAGAGGCUCGCCUGCGCCUUUCCGAAACAGGUCAUGCCCUCGCAGCGACCCAGAAGGCACCCUUCAGUCACAGGGCGCUCCUUUCCCUGAAGACCAAGAGCCAAGGGACCGCCUUUCCUAGCGCCCCUUUCCCUCAGACCGGCUGGAGAAACGCGCGUGAAACGGAGCUCUUGAUGCUCGACUUCAUCGCAUUUGACACCAAUGCAAAUCCUGUAGAUCUCCCGUGCGAGAGGAGGAGGAGGAGGAGGAGGAGGAGAUCUGUGGCAGCUGCGGAGUUGUGGGCAGGGCAGACCCUCCACGUGGCGCUGCGGCACUUCGGCAAGAGCAGCCGCUGCGGAGCAGGGCAGCGCAAGGGCACCAGCCCGCCUGUCCCGGCCUGGCGCCAGCUGAGCUCGGUCGCUUUCUGCGGAUUCACGCGUGUUGGGUUGCGUAUACAGAACAGAAACCGUCGUCUCCGGUGCCAAAGUAUUUAGUCAAGGGAUGGAUUGUGACUAAGCAAAAACCACUCACGAAUCUGAGGGCUCAGCACUUGCUCUCUUAGCGCCUGGGACGGGACCGGGCGGGCAAGCAGUUCAUCGGGGAAGGAGGGGGGGGGGCACUCGCCCAGACUCUCGCCAUGGCAGCCCGGCCACAUUCUGGAUGCGGCCAAGCCUGCGCGCUCUCUCUCUGCGCAACCGUCCCUCGCGCGUCCUGCAUCGCCCUGGGAAGACUCCAGGUCCCGCCGCUCCUUGGCCCGGGGUGCGGAGCGCUUGGGCUGGGCUGCGGACCGAGGAAGCUGCCCCCCCCCCCGAAGCCCAGAGCCCAGCCGCGUUCCGCAAGCGCCGGCUUGCCCUGCCCCCGCCUCUCGCUGUAAUUACGGCUCUUCAAACGGGGCGGACAGCGCGCGGAGCGUGUCCCGGUGGGGAGAGGGCAGCCCCAGGUCCCAGCCCAGGAGGCAGCCGGGGACUAAAGAUUUGCCUUUGGGAAGCUGCUGUUUGGCGGCGGACGCCCCAUAACGGAACUGCCGGAGCCUCGUUGGUCCCCCGAGCUGGCGAGGCUCCUCGGAGAGAGCCGGCCCGCCUUGCGGAACGCGCUGUCACUGGAAGUCCAAUGGACGCCUGCUGAAAAUUUUUCCGCGCUGCCCAGCUCAUGCAGACAAUUAAGACACCACCUUUCAAAGUCUCAUAGAACCGUAGAGUUGGAAGGCACCCCAGGGUCAUCUAGUCUACCCUCUGCAUUGCAGGAAUCUGUUGCCCAAGGUGGGGCUGAACCCAUGACCCUGAGAGUAAGAGCCUCAUACUCUACGGACCGAGCGAUCACUAGAGAGGGAGUUCCAAAGGUUGGAACAGACACCAUAAUACUGUAGUUAGUGGAGGAUUCCUGUGUUUAGAUUUCCAUGUGCUUUUAACUGCAUAUAGAUGUUGUAAGCACGGGUUCUUUUUGUGAUGUAGUGGUAUAUGCAUAUUCAUUGGGGUCAGGAUAGAGGUUAACUUUCCCCCGUCAGGCGAUCAGCCUCUCUGCUCCAGCCCUGCCCUGCUCAGGGUGGUCCCCUUUCCAUCCAUGUCCUUGAUGAGCUGGCUCUGCUUUGCUGCCGGCCCAGGAUGAGCCCUACAGGUCUUUAUCCACUCUAGAAAGCAGACCACCCUCACCAGCCCCUCCAGGCUGUGCUCCAAGCAGCAACAGGGCUGGGGGAAAUGGGCAGGGCUGUGCCUAGCCCCUCCGGGCAGGGGGGCAGGUGUGCUGGGUCCGUCCGAGCAAGGUGGGGUGCAUGGCUAGAGGAAGGCCAGCCCACCAGAGAGAUGCAAAGGCUCCCCUGCAGAGGAAGAGGCAGGAGAACCCAGCUGGCUUGUAUUCUAUUAGCUGGUGCUGUGGAGGGGUAGAGGAGAGGGCAAAGGCAAAGGCAAAGCCUUGAUUUGCUGGCAUGCCCAACAGGUCCAUGAAAUGCUGGCCAAGCCUUCCUUAUUCGCACCUGCCCAGCCCUGCAGGCAGCCCAUACUGGGGCCUUGCCCAGGGCAGCUUGUACUCACCAGCCAUGCUCUCUCUUGUUCUGCUGCUCUUUGGGUCCUCUAGAGAAGCUCCCAGGGAUAGGAUGAGUCUCUCAAGGGGCUUGGAAGCACCUUAUAUGCAGCACACUGGAGACUCCUCCUUUUUGUCCAAAGGUGGGCGAGGCUCACAAGCCACACCAACAGUGCUGCAACCUUCCCUGACAGAGUGCGCCUGCCAUGGGAGGGGCAGGCAGGAGUGACUCUGGGUGGCUCUUCACUCCAGGAAGGCUGAUGACAGAAAGGGUGCAUGCAGCAGGGAGUCAUUUCCAGGUCAGAAGAAAGGGGCCUGAAACAGUCACCAGUAACCUUUCCCCUAGUCUUUCUAGGAAGGCCUCGGCACUCAAGUGGCCAGCCCUCUGGGGCAGGUACACGGGCCUCUCUACAACUAGGGCAUCUCUUAACUCAUGCAGCCAUGAAGCCAGCAUUUCCCACUGAGGAACAGCUCGGUGGUGCAACCUCAUUAAGCUGCACUCCUUCCUUAACGCUAAUUCCUUGCUGCAUCCCGCACUCCCUGCAUGUCAGACACUUUGCCAGCUGCAGUUCUGCUGGGUGGGAGGUGGCGGAUGGCUGCAGCUGCCUGUGUGCAGGUCAGCUCUUCCCUGAACUUGUUACCAGAGAAGUCAAGGCCAUUUCUGACAAAAGCAGGAACGCACCACCUCCUCCCUCCAAUACGCCCAUCCCAGCACAGGACUGAUGACAGGCCUGUGGCAACAAAGCACUCAAGGAAGGAGACCCUCCAAAGGCACCUCGGAAAGGGUCCCUUUCCCUCCCACCCUCUCUCCAGUAUUCUUGGGCAACCCACAUGCAGGAGAGGCUCAAAGCUUCUUAUGUUAAUAGGCUUCUUAAACAACUGAUGCAUAUUCACACACCAACUUAUUUUUGCUGCCACACAUGAAACAGCCUGGCUGGAACCUCCAGAGCUGGCUCUUCCUGAGCAUUUGUCCCUUGCUCUCUCAGCCAGUGCUGGGACCAAGCAGGCAGGGGAGCUGUGAUGGGGCCUGCUGGCUUCCAGGAUCCGGCCAUUUGCCCCAGUGACCGUCAUGGCAGUGACUAAGAAGAGCUUCCUUACGUCAAAACCCUCCAUGAAAGAUUGUGUGGCAAGGAACAACUAUCCAUAUGCAUUUCUACUCAUGAGACGGAUGUGACUCCCCUGAGUCACGAGCUGAUACAUCUACCAAUUCUUCCAGGGUUGCAGUUUCACUCACAGGAAAAGCAGAGGGAACCCUCUUCCUGCUAAUGGGCCUUCCCACUGAAACUGGAAGUCGCUCUCUUUCUACAGGGAGUCCAGACAGAGCCUUGGUGCCACUCGGGAGCACAUGGCAGGCCAGCCUUCCCUGCUCUUCUUUUUUUUUUUUUUUUAAUGAUAUUUAUUCAAAGUUUCAUCAAUACAUAAAAAAUCCCCCAACCCUAACCCAAAAGAAAAAGAGAAAAGAUAAUAAAGAAAAAGAAAAAAGAAAUUAUAAAUCUCAAAUUCCAACUUUUCAUUUGCUUGGUUCUUGAACCUCCUCACGCCUCCCUUUUCGUAUUCUAGUUUAAUUCAUUAUUUCAGCAAAUUCUUCCCAUAUUUCUCAAUUUUAAUUUAAAUAAUUAAUCUUCACAAUCUAUCUUGUUUGUUAAUCAACAUGGCCUUUCCCUCUUUUAAUAUAAUCUGUUAUUCAAUUUGCCUUAUUCUUUAACCUUAUCUUAUCUUAAAAAUCUUAAAAUUUCAAAAUCACAUCACAUUCCUACAUUUCUCCUUAAACACAUUUCUACUAAAGCCAAUUUAAUUCCUUUCCAGCAUAUUCCCUCAAAUUUCAUUAAUAUUAGACAAAUUUCAUUGAUAUUAAUCUAAUUCCAAAAUUAACAUAAAAAUUUCUAUAGUUUUCAUCCAGCGUCCCAUCUUCCUGGUUUCAGUCAUGUCAGUCCUUUCUAUCCGUUACAUAGUCCAUCAAUCUGGUGUUCUGAUGUCCGAGGCCCUUAAAUCUCUUCUAGGCCCCUUCUGCAAAUUUUUUUGUUCUUGUUUGUGCUUACACAGUUCUUUGUCUAUUGUUGGUUUCUGAGGGAGUGGGUCUCCGGGGGGUUCCAUCCAGUAAUAAUUUCCAUUUUCCUUCAUUAUAUUGUCCCCUUCCCCCGAGUCCCACUCCCAAUCUUCUUCUUUGUAAUCCAAAAAAUAUGUAUCCAGAAGAUGGUUGUUCACCUGUUUCACAGUCACACUAGAGUUAAAGACUUCCUUAACUUCAAAUGCUUCCCAGCACUCUCCAAAAUCAAUCUUCCAGCGCAGUAGCUUUUGUUCCUGCAAAACUUUGGGUCUUUCCAUUUGUAUUGUGUAGGAGAUAGCUACUGCCUCUUCCUCCUCCAUCUGCCCUUGGACUUGCCUUGUCAAACCAGGUUCAUCCUUAUUCCCUGUUGAAUCAUAUUGGCUGGCCACAGCAUUCAUAAAAUCCAGUUUUUCAUUCAUCAGACUCACUUUCUCGUGCAGCUGCUCCAGCAAAACAUUAGUCCUACCAAGGGCAGACACCAAACUUUCCUGCCAAAACAUUUCUCUUCCAAAACAAGGUCAAACGGCUGUUCCCACGAUCCAAAUCUUACAUAUGCAAACUGCGACCGCAAACUGGCAGACUCCCUCUAGAGGACACAAUUUCUGAUUGUAUCCAUUUUUUUUUUUAAAGUAUCCAACAAAGAAAGCUACUUUCAAUUUCAAGUCCUUUCAAUUUCAAAUACUUUGUUUCCUUAAAGAGCAAAAAUGCAGAAGGUAGCGUUGAAGUUAAUUUGUUUCUUUUCCUUUUUAAGUAUCUGUCAAAAGUACUCCACUUUCAAUCAAUGGACGUCUCAAACAAUUUCUGUCCCGACACCCCGUCCCCAGGUUUGGGACGGUGGAAACUUACAUUCCUUUUCUCACUUCCAGCAGGAUUAAGCUGUCAAAUCCCCCCCCCCCUUCUCCUGCUUCCAAGGGGGUUUUGUUGGUUAUGGGUGCAGGAAAUUUCCAACUUUAAAAGAACUUUUCAGGCUAUUAGGUUACCAAAUCUUUGCUUCAAGCUGUAUACAAGGACGGGAGGCAGACUUCCUGUUUACACCAUUCCCGCUUCGUACCUAAUUUCGUAAUUUUAAAGAUUUCUUAGUCCAAUUCUCCGUUUUUACUCACGGGUACUUGAUUUAGAGUCCAAAUGUCAUAAGGAAAAAGUCAGCGCUCUCCGGCGAUGGCUGCGCGGCUUCCCUCCAUGGAAGUAGCAAUCAGUUCGCGGCACCGCGCUGCUCCACCCGCUUCACUCCGGAGCCCCGAAAAAGGGUUUCCUCGUGAGUAGGGGAGGCGCUUUGGUGCUCUGCCGAACCCCACGUUCCCAGGCUUCUCCCGCCUGGGAUUUCUAAUGGGCCCCCGCCUUCGCCGCGGCGGGAAGCCCCUGCUUCCACGGAGACCGUUCCUCCAGUCGGAGGAACUCCGCCAUUCACCGAUGGCGCUGACCCGGAAGUCUCCAGCCUUCCCUGCUCUUCCUCUCCUUCUGAUGCAGCGGUGCCAUCCCUUUGCCCAACAAACAUCUCAAGACAGCAAGUCCUCUGACCAAUUUGUGGACUGGGCAUCUGUACAAGGAACUGCAGCCCAUGGAGAAAGCCUCACUUGGGGAGGCACAUGGCAGGGUCUGGAGCAAGGGGCCCAGGAGCUGCCUUCUCUCAGGACAGAGCUCAGAAGCAAAGGUGGGCUCUGCUGUUGGCUCCACUGUUCUCCAGGCCAUGGCAGAGGAAGCAACGCUGGCAUUUCCCGGCUCACCUCACAGUGACUGAUCCAGCCAGAAUCUCCUUUAUGUUGCCCCAUUCAGGCUGCCUCAGCACUGAGUGGCAACAGAGGCCAACGGCAAGCAGAUUAUUAUGAAGGGCCACACCCUGAGCUGAUGGUUUUCCUGUCCGGGGAAUCUUGUUACAUCUAGUUCUGCAUGUUCACCAGUGACUGCCAGGGAGAAAAGUGUGGAAAAGAUCACUCCUCCCCAGGACUGUGGCUCACCCGCUUACCUGGAGUGAGGGGCAAGGAGGGGCUCAAGCAAGGGACGACGUCACACACACACACACACACCCUCCAGUUGCCAUCAGGUUAACUGGACAGGCUCAUUCCUGCCACAGAAUCCCAACAUCUUCAGACCUUCCACUGCCCUUGGAUAAGGAGCACCUGGGGUGGGGUGGGGGGGCAUGUGCUAGCCUGUGGCUACUGGCAGUGAGGUUGGCAAGCUUGGGGGUGGGGAAAGAUUGCCUUUGCCACCCUCUCAGUGCUCUGUCCCCCAACAGAGAUUCUCCUAGACCUUAUUGCAGGUACUGAGUUUGCUCAGAUCCUGGCCACCCUCCUCCCCUGGCAGUUCUCCAGGAGAAGGUACAGUUGUUCCCACCUGUUGAUGGAGGGCCCCCCCCCAUACUCUUGGCUGCCCUGACACUGGCCUUGGUCCUGGGCUGGGCUUGCUCUGGCCCUCCACCUCCACCUGGGCUCAACUCCUUGUUUCCAAGCUACUCUUGGUCUUGUGCCUUGUGGAGGGGCAGCAGAAACCCCCUCCUGGCACCUCCCUCCCAAAUGAAGGGGCUCGGGAGUUUGGGAGCCUUCCUGCCCCUUUGGCCAGAGAUAUUGCCCCACUUCAGGGUGACUCGCGCGACACAGUUAUGAAAGUCGGAUGGGGAGGAAAUGCUGGAGCAAUCUGGCCCCAAGUGAGCAAGAGCGAGGGAGGAAGAGCUGCUGGGGCUAUCCUGCUGGGGAAGGGAUGUGCCAACCCCGCAGUUCUUGGCUCCUGCUCAGCCCCUGCUGGGGUGGACAGGCUGACUGGCCCACGCACCCCCAGGAUGAUGCUCACAAGGCCAGGAGCAGAUUGGGUUGGCUGUGUGUGCGUUAACCAAUGUGAGGAAAUCUUUAACCAUCAAGUGGUUGCCGUUUGAAUUGCGAAACAGCUGACCCAAAGAAAUCCUGUUCCUUGUAAGGAUCUGGCCACGGGUUCAAGGUGUGGGCCAGGACUGGCCACCCCCUGUUCAAAACUCACCUUAGCCACAACCUUGCUGCCCCCAGCUCUGAUGGCCCAUGGGCUUCGCUGGCUCUAAAGGGAGAGUAGACUGGAGUGGUUCUAAUAGUAGUCAUAGCAGCAGCAGGGACUCUCAGAAUUAUAGAGUUGGGUGGGGUCCCAAGGGUCAUCUAGUCCAACCCUGUCAUAGUCCCGUGCUGCUCAACCAUGGCAGAGCUCAGUGGCAGGAGAGGCCAGCCGACCAGCCGAGUCUCAGGGGGUGCUUGUCUGGAGGCAGAGUCUAUAUGCAAGGUUCAGUCCAGUCCUAAGGUCAGAAGUAUCUCAGUUCAUGUAGUCAGACAGUCCGGGGUCAAGAAAGCAGAGAGUCCAAGGUCACAAGAGGCAAGAAGCAGCAAGGUCUGGCCAGGAACGACAAAUAUUGUUUCCAGCAACUGACUGAGGCUGGAAACCCUACUGAAGAAAGCUGGAGCCAGCUGGUUCUCAUCAGGAGCAAGAAGGCUGAUCAGUGGCAGGUGGCGUCACUCUGCCUUCUGCUCCUUCAGGCUGCUGCUCAACAGGUGAAGCUGAUUCCUGGCCCAUGACAAAAUCCCUGCAAUGCAGGAAUCACAACUAAAGCCUCCCCAAUAGUUGGUGAUCGAGUCUCUGCUUAAAACCCCCCAAUGAUGGAGCCCAGCACCUUCCAAGAGAGUCUGUUCCACUGUCCAACAGUUCUUACCCUCAGUGUGUUUUCUCUCAAUAUUCCCAUGUUUGUAGGCGAUUUUGCCUGAUAAGACACUUCUUUGCAAAGUGCCCCCCCCCCAAUAAUGGAUUUUUGUAUGUUGUUUUCACCAAUGCAUGCACUUUUAUGUACACUUGAUUACUGUAUGUGCAUUUUAGUACACAUUACUUGGCUGGAGAACUGCAUUCCAAAAUUUGGGGGGGCAGAUCUUAAAGGAUAGCUGUGUUUGAAUUCUUGCAAGGUUUGCUUCCCCUUUCAGUGGAAACUGAAUCGAGUUUCUCCAUCUACAGAGCUAGGGGGCUCCUGCAGGUGGGAGAGGCGGCUCCUGCUGCACCCAGAUACUCCACUGGACUUUCCUGGGUGCUGCCAGGGCGGGUGGGGGAAGAAGGCAGCAGCAGGGCACACAAACAGCAUUUCUGAUGAUGGUGAAAUUUCAGCUCUGCUUGCUCACAGAAAGUGGCUGUUUGUGAGGGACGGAUCUCUCUCUCUCUCUGCUGAGCCACAGUCAGGCCUCUGGCUGGCCCUUCCUCUUUUUCAGCCCAGCUGCUGGCCACAUGUGGGGUACCUGAGAGCCUCUGCUGGUCUUGCUCCACUCUAGGUCAUUUCAUCCUCUUUUGAGCUGCCUGCCAUCAGGAAGGUCUGGUCCAGAGGACAUAACACAUGUGGAUUCUGAAAUGAUUUUGAAGACAACAUCUCACACCAAAGCCUCCUGCCUUGAGAUCACAGCGGAUGGAAGCUUGGAUAAGUACAUAAGACAAACCUGCUGGAUCAGGCCAAUGGCUCAUCUAGUCCAGCAUCCAUUUAUUCAUUGUCUUGCUCUCCCACCUCGUUUCUCCAAGAAGCUCAAGGUGAUAUAUGUACCUGGUUCUCCCCUUUCUCAUUUAAUCCCCGCAACCCCAUGAGGUUGUUUAGGCUGAGAAGCCCCCAAGGUCACAGAAAGCAAUGGCCAACUGGGGAUUCAAACCCUGGUCUCCCAGUCUGACGCUCCUAGUCUGACACUCUAACUAAUAUACCACACUGGUUCUCAUUUCCCACUGGGGAAACUAAGAAAUCUCUGCUCUGAGAAGAACUCUCAGGUAGACCAAAUCUUUUGAGGUGCUUAAAAAAAUCAGCCAUGUGCUCCUCUUGCUGAAGCUUCCAGCAUUGGAGCUGAGCACUUGGUCCCGGUGGCAAAGAGCCAGCAGACCUCAGGCUCCGUACAAGGCUGGCCCUGAGACCGGUGUCAGCCGAGUGAGGCUGGGGUGUGCCUACGAUGGUAUUCCACGGGUAAUUUAAAGACUUUUUUGAAAUUGUGUUUUUUAAAGGAUGUGACCAGUUUUGCAACUUCAAUAAUUUAUCUGUAACUUGGAGAAAUAUUUUCUCUAAAAGUGCUUGAACAAUUAAAAAAAACCAAACAGGUCGGAGCCAAACAGGUCGGAGCCAAACAGUACAAACUGAGAGCAUUUGCAGACGACUUAGUAUUGACGUUACAGGAGCCAGAAUCUAGUACUAAAAGGGUUUUAGAACUGAUUCAAGAAUUUGGUCAAGUGGCAGGAUUUAAAUUGAACAAGUUAAAAACUAAGGUUUUAGAGAAAAAUUUAACACCGAUUGAAAGAGAGAGGUUUCAGAAUGAGAAAGGUUUGACUGUGGUUAAGAAAGUGAAAUACCUGGGGAUUAACAUGGCAGCAAAAAAUGGGAAUUUAUUUAAAGAUAAUUAUGAAAAAUGUUGGGCUGAAGUGAAAAAAGAUUUAGAAAUUUGGUCAAAUUUGAAGCUUUCACUGCUGGGCCGUAUUGCUGCGAUAAAAAUGAAUGUAUUGCCUAGAAUGUUGUUUUUGUUUCAAACUUUGCAAAUUGUGGACAAAAUGGAUUGUUUCAAGAGGUGGCAGAAAGAUAUUUCUAGAUUUGUCUGGCAGGGCAAGAAGCCCAGAAUAAAAUUUAAAAUAUUAACGGAUGCAAAGGAAAGAGGUGGAUUUGCCCUGCCAGACCUCAAACUUUAUUAUGAAUCAGCAGCUUUUUGCUGGUUGAAAGAAUGGCUGCUUCUUGAAAACACUGACAUUUUGGAUCUAGAAGGUUUUAACAAUGUAUUUGGAUGGCAUGCAUAUCUGUGGUAUGAUAAGGUCAAAGCACAUAAAGCAUUUAAAAAUCAUAUUGUCAGGAAAGCGCUGUUUAAUGUUUGGAUAAGAUACAAGGAUCUAUUAGAAAACAAAACCCCAAGGUGGCUGUCACCAAUGGAAGCGAAAGCCUUGAAAAAGCUCAAUAUGGAGGUCAAAUGGCCGAAAUAUUGGGAAAUUUUGGAACAAGAUGGAGAUAGACUGAAAUUGCAGAGUUUUGAAAAACUAAAAAAUAAAGUGCGAGACUGGCUUCAUUAUUAUCAGAUAAUGGAGGUAUACAAUUUGGACAAGAAAAUUGGCUUCCAGGUGGAAAAAUCAAAAUUAGAAACAGAACUGUUAGAACCCAAAACUAAGACUUUGUCAAGAAUGUAUAACUUGCUGCUGAAAUGGAAUACUCAGGAUGAAACGGUAAAAUCGGCUAUGAUUAAAUGGGCACAAGACGUUGGACACAACAUUAUGUUCGCUGACUGGGAACAGUUAUGGACCACAGGUAUGAAAUUCACGGCAUGUAAUGCCCUAAGAGAGAAUAUUAUGAAAAUGAUAUACAGGUGGUACAUAACUCCAGUCAAGCUUGCAAAAAUCUAUCAUUUGCCCGAUAAUAAAUGUUGGAAAUGUAAAGAAACUGAAGGUACAUUUUUCACCUUUGGUGGACGUGCCCAAAGAUCAAGGCUUUCUGGGAAAUGAUAUAUAAUGAAUUAAAAAAGGUAUUCAAAUAUACCUUCCCCAAGAAACCAGAGGCCUUUCUCCUGGGCAUAGUCGGCCAAAGGGUGUUAAAAAAGGAUAGAACUUUCUUUAUGUACGCAACAACAGCAGCAAGAAUACUCAUCGCAAAGUAUUGGAAGACACAAGAGCUUCCCACACUGGAGGAAUGGCAGAUGAAACUGAUGGACUAUAUGGAACUGGCGGAAAUGACUGGCAGAAUCCGUGACCAGGGAGAAGAGUCGGUGGAGGAAGAUUGGAAGAAAUUCAAAGACUAUCUGCAGAAACAUUGCAAAAUUAAAGAAUGUUAGAGUGAUGUUGGAUUGAAAAUAAGUGGCUUCCAGCUGUACAGGAUUUAAAGUUAUAUAUAGAUUACGAUUAAGGAUUAGGAUUAAAAAGUUUAAGGAAAUGGAAAUUUGGUUUUUAAGAGGUAAAAUUUUAAUGUUAUAUUAUAUUCAGAUUAAAGAUGGGGAUUAAAAAGAGGGAAAGAAAUUGCUGGACAAACAAUUUGAACUGGAAUACAAAAGAGGGAGGUAUGAGGAGGUCCAGAAAAUAAGUAAAUUUAAAAAUGGAGAUGAAAAGGUGGUAUUGUUUUUAACUGUUUUCUUUUUUUGUCUUUUGUUUUUUGUUUUCUUUUUUUCCUUUUUUUGGAUUAUGUAUUGUGUAUUUUUGAAUUAUGUAUUUCUUUUUUAUGUUUUUAUGUUUAAUUUUUUAUUGAUGUGUUCUUUUUAUUGGAAACCUUAAUAAAUAUCAUUUUUUAAAAAAAAAAAACAUCUGUGGCAAAAGGACAAAGAGCUAACGCUUCAUGGACAAGUGCUGAACAUAUGGCAACGUUUGUUGGAAACUGUGGGGAAAAGCUUUUCUGGCAAAGAACCUGUGGCCAAUGUAACAUAACCGAUGUGACGUGACAAUUCAAGCCACGUAAAUGUUUCCAAAGCAAAACCCUGUGUAUAUGACACUUCACUCUGCAGUCACGGGUUGAAGGGGAGCAUCAGGUCUACGUGGAAGUUGUAAUGUGGAGAAACAGACCCUUUGCUUUAGCAACACCUAAUGAUUUGUGACUUUUCAACCCAACGUUUAUUAUCGUUUACAGGGAAGACAAAUGUCAAGGAAGUUCUCUUUCUCAAGAAGAAGAGAAUUUCAUACCAAUAAAUAUUGUAUUGUAUCAUUUGGCCAACCAAUUUCCUUUUCAGUUUCCCAGUUUCAACAAUGUCAGAGAUGCCAGCUGAGACCAGCACUCCGGGACCGCUUUCUGCUUUUGGAGGACAAUCAGUUUCCAUUGGGACAUUAUUCCGUGUCUUGGUGCCGCUUGUUUUAAAUUAUGUGCCAAAUUCAUGUACACUUUAUGUAUGAGACAAGCUUCAACCUGCCAUGGGGUUGUACUUGUCCUCUGAGGCAAGUUAAGAGACUUUUGGCUCCCAAAAGGAUCUCUCGAUCUAGAGUAUCUCCAGCCUGUGGGGCAGCCUUGGCCCACCAAUCUUCCUCCAUUGGGACCGUGAGGCCAUUAUUCUAAGCUUGUAUGAUCCUAAUGCAACAUUUCUUCUCAGUUCAGCAAGUAAGAAAGCAAAUCUAUCGGUACAAAAAGGGGUCAUUAACCUAUUCUCUAAUUUCUUGGAGUGGUAUCUAACUGAAGUUUAGAAAAAAAGAGAGAGAAAUCCUGAGUCACAUGUUGUUUUAAUCAAAUGUAAAAUGCCAUUUGGAAAACUGUUGCCAGAUAAUGAAACUAGAAAAUUAUCUUUAAAAUGAGAUAGAACACGUUAACAACGUGAAGAUGAAAAAAGGGUUUGUAAGUUGAAAUGUUAAUGGAAUUAUCUAGUAGCUCAAUUCAUGCCUCAGUUUCCCUGCUGAAAUUUAAAAAAAAAUAUAGGAAAGAGUUUUAGGACACACUUUCAGAGUUAAAGAUCAACAGCAAUUAGAAUAUACGGUGCAGUUGUUCACAUGUCAGGAUAAUCUACCAAUUUACCAGCUGAAAUCACAGUAAAACACCUCAGGCUUUCUUGAGCAUUUGAAGGCUGACUGGACAAUGCCUCAAACUGAGAUAAGCAACUCUUCAUCAAGGAUAAUAAAAUGUGAGGUAAUAAAAUGUUGUUUCUUCAGAAUUUCAGGAAAGCAAGAAAAGGCUUGCUGCUGUUGCUACAGUCAUCCCCAGUCACUGACAAACUCAUGGACAGCAGGACCGACUCCCUUUCUCAAUAUCUUCUCCCUGAAGAGCUGGCUGGACCCACAUAGCUAAAGUUGCCCCACGGCUGGUCGCUCCUGAGACUGCAGCUGGCUUCCUACGGCACAGAGGAGCCCCUGGCCAGAAAAUUACUUGCUUCUCAUCUUUGUGAUGCGUCCAACAGUCUUGGCUCUGAAAUGCCCCAGAUUUCUGCCCCACGUGUCAACUGAGGAAUAACCUCAACUUCAAAAACUCUCAGAGGCGGCACCACAAUAUCCCCACCCUUCACUCUGGGAAAUGCAAACACUGACUGUGCCAAACUCCAACCAUUCCAAAGACCAUUUUGGGCAAAAGAAAUCUCCGGUUAAUUAAAUCUAUCAAAUUGCUCCAACAGAUGCCUGCUUGAUUGCCAUUUGUGCUUAACUGCUCAGUUGCCAAAUACGUUUAAAUUGGUCUUGGUGUAAUUGACACAUAACUGUUGCUUAUUGCAUACUUCCCCAAAUGAUUUCAGCAAUCUCCUGCCAAUUAGGGUCUGGGAAAACAGGUUCCUGUUGUCCGUGUGUAGCAGCCACAAUGCCCGUGCCAUGCUAUUUUGUGUCCUAGGCAAGGCUAACUACACACACACUAGUUAACUUCAAUUUUCAUAACAGAUGUCUUGUAGAAAAAAUGAUAAGUGCAAAACUUGAAACUGCCUUGGUCUGACCGCAUCUGGAAUACUGUGUCCAGUUCUGGGCACCACAAUUCAAGAAGGAUGUCCACAUGUGGUAGAUAUGUAAAAUAGUUUAAAAGUAUCAGGAAAUGAUAUACAAUGCUAUAUAACGAUAAUGAUAUAUGAUGAGAUGAAAAAAAAUGUUUAAAAACCUUUUCCCAAAUACCCAUUUCUUUUGGGAAUGGUACAUAUUAGGGACGCUUGUGGUGCUGUGGGUUAAACCACAGAGCCUAGGACUUGCUGAUCAAAAGGUCGGUGGUUCGAAUCCCCACGACGGGGUGAGCUCCCGUUGCUCGGUCCCUGCUCCUGCCAACCUAGCAGUUCAAAAGCACAUCAAAGUGCAAGUAAAUAGGUACCACUCUGGCGGGAAGGUAAACGGCGUUUCCGUGCACUGCUCUGGUUCACCAGAAGCGGCUUAGUCAUGCUGGCCACAUGACCUGGAAGCUGUACGCCGGCUCCUCGGCCAAUAAAGCGAGUUGAGUGCCGCAAUGCCAGAGUCGGCCACGACUGGACCUAAUGGUCAGGGGUCCCUCUACCUUUACAUAUUUAUGUAUGCUACUACAGCAGCUAGGAUUUUGUUAGCUCAGAAAUGGCAGGUGAGUGAGGUCCCAAAUAAGGAGGGUUGGCAAUUAAAAGUGAUGGAAUAUGCAGUUAGCUGGUCUAACAAGUAAAAUAAGAAAACAAGAACAAGUAUACAAAGAGGAAUGGAAUUUUUUUGUGUAGUAUCUGGAAAACAACUGUAAACAUGUGAACAAGUUAGUAGGAUUAAGGUAAAUUCAAUAGUGUAACAUAUAACAAAGGAAUAAUAAAGGAAUAAGGGAGUUAAAUAGAUAUAUGAGAAUAUGUGGGGUAGGUGGGAAAAUUAAAGGAACCACGGAAGGGGAAGAUGGGAAGUCGUAGAUGACUGGUUGGUUUUAAAGAGACCUGGUGUUCAUCUCUAUGGAUGUGGGUGAUCUGACACUAAGUAAAAGCGAAACAAAAGAAGUGUCAUGGUCAGAUCACUUCCUGGUGCAACUGGACUUCUCCACAACCCUUCCCCUUUGCAGGGAGGUGGGACUGAUUUGGAUGGUCCGUCCCCGCCACUGAAUGGAUCCAAAUGGUUUCCAGAGGUAGGGGAUGUUUUAUCCCAUGUUGAUGGCCUUUCAGCUGAUUUCCUGGUAGCCCGCUGGAAUGCGGGGUUAACCAGGGCUAUUGACUGUUUGGCUCCGAGCGCCCUCUCUGAUUGCAUGAGGCCCAGACAGCCCCAUGGUUUUCACCAAAGCUGAGGGCAAUGAAACAAGUCGUUGAGACGGCUAGAGAACCAGUGGCAGAAAACUCAUUCUGAAUCGGACCGGACAUGGGUUAGAGCUCAACGUCGAGCCUACCAAGUGGCGAUAGUGACGGUGAAGAGGACCUUCUUCACCGCCUCUAUUGCAUCUGCAGAAAACAGCAGCAGGAGACUCUUUCAGGUGGUUCGCAAUCUCAAAGCCACCUUCGCCAUUGGAGCCUGGUAAGGACCCAAGAUUCCGUCUAGUCAAGUUGCAUGGGAUCAAUUCCAAUCUGUUACCUCCCAGGAUGUGGACAGGCUCUUGAACAACUGAAAUCGACCACCUGCCUCUUUGAUUCUUGCCCAUCUGGGCUCAUAAAAAUGAGCCGGCAAGGGCUGGGUGAUGGGCUCUGUGGGGUGGUGAAUGCUUCCCUCUGUGAGCAAGCCUUCCCAGACCCACUGAAAGAGGCGGUUAUUAAACAGCUUCUUAAAAACCAUCUUUUGAUUCAGCUAAUAUGGCCAACUAUCACCCAGUUUAAAAUCUUCCAUUCUUGGGCAGGGUGAUUGAGUGGGUGGCUGCUGAGCAACUCCAGGCAUGCCCCCAUCGUUUAGCCCAGACACUGAGGUCCACUGAGGUGUAGCACCCUGCUUGUGGUUAACGCUUAGCUGGAAUGAAAUAUUCAACGCAGCAAUAGAGAAAUUAAAAUAAUAAUUUAUUUGUCAGACAAAUAAAUGAGAGACACAGUGGUAUAUGGAUACCAAAGCUCUGCCUACUCCAGCCCUGAUGGCCAGCACUUAUAUUUCCUCAGCCCAGCCCCCUUGCUCCUCCUUUGGCUGCCUCUAUCCAAUCAGCCUGGUUGAAAUUCCUAUUGGUUGUUUGCUAGAACCAAUCAUAAAAGAUACACCCAUUUCCUAUUUCCUUUUAUGGGAGACAAAGAGCUAUAUUUCCUUGUAUCCAUAAAUGGCAGACAAGUAGCCAUAUAUCUUACAUUUACCUCGACCAGGCACCUCAAUUACCAGAUAACCUUUGGCCCCUGUUGCCCUAUUCACUGCAAACCAGAUGGCUAAAGCAGAUGGUGCAUGGUUUUUAAUUUUUUUAUCUUAAAGAGAUCUUGAGUUCACCUUCUCACCCACCAUAAUAAGAAUCUAACAUAAGAAUCUAACAUUUCUUACUUUCUAAAUCCUUUGCAUAAUUACAUUUAAGCCAAUAUAUUUCAUACAUAACAUAGAUAGAUUUUUAGAAGGAAAGGCCUUUUUAAAUUAGAAGGAAUUUAGUAAAAGCUGAGUUCUCUAAGUUCUCUGAAGCUUCAAAACAGUUUGGAGAGAAGCCUUUUUCCCUAACCAGCUGCUGUUCCUAAAAGCAACCUUUUCAAUUUAACCUUUAACCUUAUGGCUCGAGUCUUCUGUUAAACAAUAAAUUUCACUAUUUACCAGCUCUUAAUUGUGUUUUUGCAGCUUGAUUGUAUUCUGGUCAGUGUGACCUUUUUGCUCUCAGCCUGUAAUUUCCUUUUACAACCCUGAAAUACUUUUUACAACCCUGAAAUACUGCUAUUUAUAGCAGUGGGGCCCUUGAACAGCUGCCAGAGUAUUCAGCUGGUCUCUCCCUGGCAUGAGAGAAAAAUUAUAUUUGUAAAUAUAUUUUUUAAGCUCAAAGCAGAUUUUGAUCAGAUGCCUCAUUCCCCCCUUUCAAGCUCAAGGACCUUCAUCCCAAGUGUCCUUGAUAGCUUGACCUUCGUCAUAUUCCUGAGGUAAAGCUCUGUAUAGGGCCAUAAUAUGAGGUAAAGUUUCAUUUGAAAUCAUCUUGCUAAUUGUACUUCUAAAACAUGAAAUGAUACAUGGCACCGUACAUAAAACCAUUACUACUACCGUCAAGAAAAACAAGCAAGACAAUAGUAUCCCUUUGAGUCCCGCAACAUUAGGUAACCAAUUGGUGAGCCAUCCCAUAUCCCAUCCUUCCCAUAUUUGUACUGGGACAUGUGCUAUACUCUCCAUCUUUGUGGCCAACACACGGAUUGCCUCACCAUUAUCAGAAAUGUUAAAGCAACAGGCAUUCCCUGUCAAGUUCAAGACUCCACAUAGGCCUCCCUGCCUGGCAAGUACAUAAUCCAUUCCCAUUUUCAGCUGCAAAAUGGCGGCUCUACUUUCAUCCAACUGUUGUGCAAUAAGUCUCAAACUCUGGGCCGUUGCAUUGGUUACAAGUUCCACUACUGCUUGCAAUCGAAUUAUUCUGUUUAGAUUAUAAAUAGGAUCCCGUGCCCCUUGUAUGAGCUCAUCAGGAUUCCAGGAGGCAGGCUCAUAAUAGGCUAUAAUGCGCUCUGGUGGCCAAUCAUCAGUAUCACUCCAACUUUGGGUACUUCCUCCUGCUAUAUGAGAAAUAUCAGCGUUUCUUCGUGUACGCUUUGCCGAACUAGUGGGCAUAAUCCACAUUGGUGGUAAUACCCAUCCCAGGAAGCAAGUCCCACUCCAUUUGGAAGGGAGUUUCUUGUAUGCCCAUUCUCCACAUAUCCACCACAACCAUCGGGUCUGAGGUUUUUGGUACGUGGAGUGCAUAAGGCGAAAUAUCAAAAGGGGCAUAGAGUUCACAGUGCAGUAUGUUAGAUUGCCUUUUUCUGUCACAGUUAUGUUCCACACCAGUUUCCAUGCAUGAAUAAAAGGAGGUGCACAGGGCAAGGUAUUCCGAGUUCGAUAGGUAGUACCGUUUGCCCAGGUUUGACUAUUCUUAAUAUAAUCCCAAGUAUAGUGGCAAUGAGAAGAGCCUAUCAUGGUAGAAUCAGCUGCACCUGAUGAUUUAUGUACACAGAAUUCCCCUUGCACAGGUAUAACUCGUAUUGGUUUAGUUGAGUUCCAUCCGGGGAAAUUCUGUACUUCUGUUUGGUGUGGCAUUUCGCUUACCAUACCAAUGGCAUUUAAUGGUAUCGGUAAUAAGGGCAUACCUCCUCUGAAUCAUCUGGUCCAAGAGAGCAAACAAGGCAAUUGGUCCUAUUUGUAACAUUGGCUACCAUCUCAGCUAAGCCUACCCACAUAUUGUGGUCAUGGCGGAAUCCAUAUUUAGCAAAUUUGGUCAGAUUCAAGGACCCUUCCCCUUCCCAAGGGAUCAGGAUUAAUAAUAAAAUCAUGUUGAUGUCUAGUAUAUGCAUUUCUUCCACAAAAGAUUACCUUAUUGUGAUAACAAAAAAUAUUAGGCCCAAUAUAAUUCCCCAAUGACAGAAAUGGGGAACCACCAAGACCAAAACAUAUAUCCCGAGGAUCCCCAAUGAGUAAUAUCCCUGAUAAUUGUUCCACAGGGGGGGGCAGUCAAUCAAUUGUAUAAGAGAAUCUUCCUGUUCACAAUCGCUGGUUCAGACGCUCCUCAAGCUUCAGGCGUGCGCAGGUCAGCCAGCUUCCAGGUUGUGGCUGCAGCAGGCCGGUCGUCUAAUGUUGCCCGUGACCUAGCCCGUUCCCCGUAGGGCUAGAUACAGGGGUUUUUGGAGAGAGUCAGUUUAAAAGGAUUAGAGGGGUCACCUUUGCACGUCCAACUGCCUUCGGACUUCUUCAAACGGGAGUGAUGAAUCCAGGGGGUCACCUCAGCUACCUUCACCGCUGUUGGAGUAGAGAGCAAGACGGUGUAAGGCCCACGCCACUUAGGUGCAAGUGGAUCACGUUUCCACUCUUUCACCCAUACGCUAUCGCCAGCCUGGAACUGAUGAAUCGGCUCGGCAAUGCUGCACGGCGUGCGCUCGAGGGCCCACCUGUUAAGAGAAACAAAAACACGGGAGAGAGAUUGCACUUGUCCCUGUGUCACAUGGUCUCCUAUUUGUUUGAGGUCAGCUGGAAUAUCCUGAACAAAGGAGGGUGGCCUCCCAUACAGGAGCUCAAAAGGUGACAACUUAAGUCUUUUUGUGGGUGCACACCGAACACGAAACAGUGUUAUGGGUAACACAUCUACCCAUCCCAAUCCUGUUUCCUGGGUUAAUUUUGCCAAUUGGGUUUUCAGAGUCCGAUUCAUUCUUUCAGUUUUCCCCGAACUUUGAGGCCUAUAUGCUGCAUGCAGUCUCCAUUUCACUUGUAGGACUCGACAUACUUCUUGUACUACUUGAUCAAUGAACGCUGGCCCAUUAUCACUUCCAAUGCAUCUAGGUAAUCCAAACCUCGGGAUCAAUUCAGUGAGGAGUCUCUUAGUUACCUCUCGUGCCUUUUCAGUCCUGGUGGGAAAAGCUUCAACCCAUCCGGUAAGGGUAUCUACAAACACAAGGAGGUACUUGAAUCCCUUAGAAGGGACCAGCUCUGUGAAGUCCACAAUUAGGCUUUCCAUGGGGACGUAUCCCACAUGUUGGAUUCCAGGAGGUUGUACCGGUCCCUGCCUGGGAUUGUUUUUAGCACAAAGAACACAUUUCUGUGAAAUGCAAGUUGCUAAUUGUGAUAGGUUAAUAAUAUACAACUUCCGACUGAGACUCUCUCUGGUUGCAGUACCGCCAAGGUGAGUAGAUUCAUGAUAAUUUCUUACAAUUGUGCCUGCUAGGUGAUGAGGUACAUAAAUCCUAUUGUCCGGCAGGAUCAUCCAACCGUCCUUCACAACCGCUCCUUCCUGUUCAGCCCACUUCCUCUCUUCUGGGGUAUAGUGAGGUUUAAUUUCUUCUGGAACUACCUCUGGUAUGAGGGCUGCUAUAAAUCCUCCCACAGGCUUCUGGGCUGCCUCUCGGGCUGCUUUGUCAGCAGCAUGAUUUCCUCUGGUUAUUGGAUCCCUUCCACGUCCAUGACCUUUGCAGUGCAUUACAGCAAUCUGUUCUGGAGCCCAUACUGCUUCCAACAGGAUUUCUACUUCAGGUCCAUAUUUCAAGGCCUUCCCAUGGGCUCCGAUUAGACCUCUUUCUUUCCAUAGAGCUCCAUGUGCAUGCAGGGUUAAGAAGGCAUAUUUAGAAUCAGUAUAGAUGUUUGCCUUACAUCCGGCUGCCAAUUGCAGAGCUCUAGUUAAACCUAUAAGUUCAGCCUUUUGUGCUGAGGUGCCAGCAGGCAAAGCUUCAGCUUCCACAACUUCCUCAUUGGUGACCACAGCAUAUCCUGCUCGUCUGGCACCUUCAUGCAGGUAACUGCUACCAUCAGUAUAAUAUACAACAUCUGGAUUUUUCAAUGGUUCAUCUUUCAGAUCGGGUCUACUGGAAUACACUUCAUCCAUUAUUUGGAGACAAUCAUGUGAUUCUUCAUCAUCUACCUCUGGUAGGGGCAGCAAAGUUGCUGGAUUGAGCAUAUUCACUACUCGUAGAUGAAUCCUGGGAUUUUCACACAAUAGGCCUUGGUAUCUAGCCAUCCUUGGAUUCGUUAGCCAAUAACUACCCUUAUAUUCCAUGAGUGUCAGAACAGCAUGAGGUACAUUCACAUACAUCGUCUGGCCAAAGGUAAAUUUAUCAGCUUCUUUGACAAGGCUUGCAGUGGCCGCUACUGCCCUUAGGCAUGGAGGCCAUCCUUUUGCUACUGAGUCCAAUUGUUUUGACAAAUAAGCUACUGGACGGUUCCAACUUCCUAAUCUCUGGGUCAGGACUGCUGCUGCAAUCCCAUUCUGUUCAUGUACAUACAGCUGAAAGGGUUUUUCCGAAUUAGGCAGUCCAAGGGCUGGGGCCUCCAUAAGUCGUUGUUUGAUAACUAAAAAGGCUUGUUGCUGCUCAGGUCCCCAUACGAAUGGGUCCUUUUCUGCACCUCGAGUGCUUUCAUGUAAGGGCUUGGCCAGACUGCUGAAAUCAGGUAUCCAUAGUCUACAAAACCCUGCUGUUCCCAGGAAUCCUCUGAGUUGUUUCCUUGUGGUAGGUUCCUUGAUAAGGCAAAUAGCUUCUUUCCUCUCUGGUCUCAAUGCUCGUUGUUGGUGUGAGAUGUCAAAGCCCAAAUAUUUGACCUUUUCUAAACAUAACUGUGCCUUUUUCUGGGAAACUCGGUAGCCAGCUUCCCAGAGCAAGUGGAGCAGUUCCUCUGUCCCUUCUUUACAGGUAUCAAAAUCCUUUGCCGCUAGUAUAAGGUCAUCUACAUAUUGCAGAACCACCUUUUUCCGGGUAUUGAGGGGUAACUUGUUAGAUCCUUCGCCAAGGCAGUGCCAAAUAAAGUUGGGGAAUUUUUGAAUCCCUGGGGCAAUCUUGUCCAGGUUAGCUGGCCUUUUGUUCCUGUCAAAGGGUCUUCCCACUGGAAGGCAAAUAUAGGUUGGCUCUGUGGUGCCAGCCGGCAACAGAAGAAUGCAUCUUUCAAGUCCAAUACAGUAAAAAUGUUGCUUCUGGUGGGAUCAAACUCAGCAAGGUAUAUGGGUUUGGUACAUUUGGGUGCAAGGUCUCGAUAGCCUGGUUUACGAGCCUCAAGUCCUGUACUGGCCUGUAUUCAUCUGUCCCAGGCUUCCGAACAGGCAAAAGGGGUGUGUUCCAUUCUGAUUGGCAGGGCUUAAGCAGACCAUAUUUUAAUAGGCGGUCCAAAUGUUUCUGGAUGCCCUCUGCUGCUCGCCGGGGUAAAGGAUAUUGCUUUACAGAUACAGGGGUAGCCAUAGGUUUUAGGGUUACUACAAUUGGAGCUAUAUUCUUAGCCAUUCCUGGUGGGCUAUUUUCGGCCCAUACUCCUGGUGGCACUUGUAGGGUUCGGAGGAGCUUGUUUAAUUCUGUAUCCAAUGUGGGUUGGACUUGCAGGGCUGACAUUAGGCGCCAUGAUUGUUCCUUAGGUACUGAGAGGGAAAUUAUUCCUGCUGCCUUUGAUGGCAGUUUCAUUUCUGGACCUCGAGGAGUGAAGGUGAUUUGGGCCUGCAAUUUGGACAGCAUAUCUCUACCUAAGAGAGGCAUUGGACACUCAGGUAUAUACAAAAACUGAUGGGUUAAAUGAUGUCCCCCAAUCUGGCAUUCUAAAGGUUGGAGGAAAGACCUCUUAGCUGACUGACCAGUGGCACUUUUAAUGACUACACUUUUGGAUGCCUUUUUCUGCAAUAGUUCUGGGAGUACUGAGUAUUCAGCGCCAGUAUCUAUCAUAAAGUCUAUUAAAUGGCUCCCUAAUUGAAUCGUGACCGUGGGCUCCUGGAAGCCUAACUUUAUGGAGUCCGGUCGUUCCUAGUCUUGGGUAAAAUCCUCCUCUGCCAGUCCAAUGAAAUUGUCUCUACUCCGUCCUUGUCCAGGUCUCUGAUAUCUUCCAUCUCGGAUCAUUCCCCGUCCCCGUCCCUGGUUUCUUGGGCCGGAGCCUGGGCCUGGGCCUGGGCGUACUUCUUCCAACCUCAGGGGUUCAGGACACUCCCGCUUCCAAUGACCCUCCUUCUUGCAAUUCGCACAUUGAUUCCUUCCCAGUGGUGGAUUCCUUCCCCGCCCUCUCCCUCCAUUUAAAGGGCGGUAGUCUUGCUUCACUGCUGUGGCUAGCAUCACCAUCUUUUCCUUCUGCCACUUCUUCUUCUCUUGUUUCUCAGCCUCAUCCCUAUUCCGAUAAACUCGGCGUGCAAUGGCCAUAAUUUGGCUCAUCAGCAUCCCUUCCCAUCCUUCUGACUUCUGAAUUUUCUUACGAAUGUCAGAAGCGCACUGAGCCACAAAAGUAGCAGUAAUCAUUCUGCUGUUUUCAGGGGCUUCAGGGUCAAAAGGAGUCCAUAUACGAUAGGCUUCCUGCAGCCUCUCUAAAAAGUCUCCCGGACUCUCAUUUGGUUUCUGUUCUACUUCUGAGACUUUAGUCAUAUUAGUGGGCUUCUGGCAUGCCCUGCGGAUACCUUGCACAAGCGUCUGGCGGUAGGUGGUAAGCCUGGCCAGGUGAAUUGCAUUGUUUGGAUCCCAAUUAGGAUCCUCCAAGGGAAAAUUGUCCUGGAGAUGACGGUCAAUAUUAAAAAUAUUUCCCCCUCUGGCCUGCUCACGCAAAUAUAUCUGUGCCUUUUCAAUUAUGUCUCUUCUUUCCUCAGUGGUGAACAGAGUAUUCAGGAGCUGGCGGCAAUCUGUCCAAGUAGGACUAUGAGUAUUUACUAUUGAAGUCACCAAGUCCAUCAUAGCCUGAGGUUUUUCUGCGAAAGACGGGGUGUGUGUUUUCCAAUUCAUCAGAUCCGUAGUUGUGAAUGGAAUGUACUGGAGGGUCGAAGUUCGAGGUGGCCGUGGUCCGAGUUGCCCGUUAACCAGCACAGGCUCCUCAAGUGCAUCAAAUACUCUUCUGAGAGGGGCUACUACGUGACCUUUCUCUUCGCUUUGCUUUAGGGGCCUCAAAUCAUAGGGGAUAGUAUUUGUCCCAAGGCGUUCUUUUAACAGCUUUAUACGCCUGGCUGUAUUGCUUACUGACCGAUCAAAGUCUCCCUGUAACUCCUGUAAUAGUUCUCUAGGACUUGGAUGUACAGGGGUUUGGGGUGGGCAAUCAGUUGUUCCACUAAAGGAGACUGUAGAUGGAGUUCUACUGGGACUCACAGGUGGAAUAACCACUUCUGCUUGGGCUUUAUUAUAGGACUCCAAUGCCUCCUGAAGAUAUUUAUCAUAAUCUAUCAAGGAAUCAAGCUCUGUGACUCCAGCCCCAUUAUUCCUUCCACUUUCUUGCCUUGGGGUUACAACUGGUGGAGUGUUUGGAUUAGGCUCCCUCGAUGUGGAGCAUAGGGUGGAGGUGGAAGCACCUCUUCCUCUGGUCCCUCAAAAAUGGGUUUGAGUUUAUUUGGCAAGAUUCCUUUUCUAGCUUCGGCUUUUACUGCCAAUAAUUUGCAUUGUUGGACUUUGCAUUCCCUUAUCCAUGGAGGAUUAUUAUUUAAUGUGCUCAGCCAAGAAUCUAUAUAUGAAAAUUGUUCUGGGCACCCUCCAGUUUCUUUGGUGAUGUUAGACCAAAGUUUGCUUGCUAAAUUUAUAUCAAAACUUCCCUGAGGUGGCCAUCCAGUAUUUUGUUUUGGCCAGUCUAAUUCACAUAACGUUCUCAAGCGCUCUGGCGUCAUUUUGACUCCAUAUGCUCCUGAGAAGGCUUUCUUAAAAUUAUUUAACAUACAUUCAAGAGGUGUACUUCCCCCUUUGAACCUCCAACUCCCAUUGUAUGGCCCUGUGAAGUAUCCACUCAGUCACUCACACACGCGCUUCGUGAGGUUCCUUGCCCGGAUGAAGUCGCCUUACCGGGAACCGAAGUACUACCCACUCCACACUCAGGUCAGCUACAGAUUGUACUUUCUCACACAUACAAUGCGCUGGAUACUUCACCACACUCUACCUCCCAAUCUUUCCCUUUUCCUCCACCAGACCACCAUCUGAUGUACCCAACCACCUAGCGUACUCAGUUCCCCUUACUGAGACGCAGAAGUUUGAUCAAGACUUCUCUUCCUCCCAAUUAAUUGGAGGGCCACAACCCCUUUGUGCACUUACCCUUAGCUGGUUCCCUGUUUAUUUCUCUGGUUACCCCCGGUCCGUCGCCGCCAGUGAGCAGGGUAUCAGACAGACGAGACUUCUGCGUUCCCCUGGAAAAAUGUUCCAGUGCGCGCUGGGUAAGCGGUCAGUGGUCCUCCCUCUUGUACCCUGCCCGCUAGGGCGAAGGGGCUGCGUUCCAGCAGACCACUUAUCCGAGUCACAGAGGCACCAUAAAAUGUAGCACCCUGCUUGUGGUUAACGCUUAGCUGGAAUGAAAUAUUCAACGCAGCAAUAGAGAAAUUAAAAUAAUAAUUUAUUUGUCAGACAAAUAAAUGAGAGACACAGUGGUAUAUGGAUACCAAAGCUCUGCCUACUCCAGCCCUGAUGGCCAGCACUUAUAUUUCCUCAGCCCAGCCCCCUUGCUCCUCCUUUGGCUGCCUCUAUCCAAUCAGCCUGGUUGAAAUUCCUAUUGGUUGUUUGCUAGAACCAAUCAUAAAAGAUACACCCAUUUCCUAUUUCCUUUUAUGGGAGACAAAGAGCUAUAUUUCCUUGUAUCCAUAAAUGGCAGACAAGUAGCCAUAUAUCUUACAUUUACCUCGACCAGGCACCUCAAUUACCAGAUAACCUUUGGCCCCUGUUGCCCUAUUCACUGCAAACCAGAUGGCUAAAGCAGAUGGUGCAUGGUUUUUAAUUUUUUUAUCUUAAAGAGAUCUUGAGUUCACCUUCUCACCCACCAUAAUAAGAAUCUAACAUAAGAAUCUAACAUUUCUUACUUUCUAAAUCCUUUGCAUAAUUACAUUUAAGCCAAUAUAUUUCAUACAUAACAUAGAUAGAUUUUUAGAAGGAAAGGCCUUUUUAAAUUAGAAGGAAUUUAGUAAAAGCUAAGUUCUCUAAGUUCUCUAAGUUCUCUGAAGCUUCAAAACAGUUUGGAGAGAAGCCUUUUCCCUAACCAGCUGCUGUUCCUAAAAGCAACCUCUUCAAUUUAACCUUUAACCUUAUGGCUCGAGUCUUCUGUUAAACAAUAAAUUUCACUAUUUACCAGCUCUUAAUUGUGUUUUUGCAGCUUGAUUGUAUUCUGGUCAGUGUGACCUUUUUGCUCUCAGCCUGUAAUUUCCUUUACAACCCUGAAAUACUUUUACAACCCUGAAAUACUGCUAUUUAUAGCAGUGGGGCCCUUGAACAGCUGCCAGAGUAUUCAGCUGGUCUCUCCCUGGCAUGAGAGAAAAAUAUAUUUACAAAUAUAAUUUUUUAAGCUCAAAGCAGAUUUUGAUCAGAUGCCUCAGAGGGUCUUCUGGCGGCUCCCUCUGCAGGGUAGGGCUCGAACCCAUGGCUUCAAGUUACAAGACAGGAGAUUACAACUCAACACCAGGAAGAACUUUCUGACAGUAAGAGCUGUUUGACAGUGAAAUGGAUUCCUUCAGAAGGUGGAGGACUCUCCUUCCUUGGAGGCUUUUAAGCAGAGGUUAGUUGAGUUUCCUGCAUUGCAGGGGGCUGAACUAGAUGACCCUUGGGGUCCCUUCCAACUCUUAUGAUUCCACGGUGCUUCUCACUUGCCUUUUUUCUAUACCGGUAAGUUCCAAACGCUGCAGCCUUUGUUCAUAGGGGUGUCACGCUAUUCCCCCCACUUAAUCAUUUGGGUUACCCUUUCUGAACCUUUUCCAGCCCAACAAUAUCCUUUUACGUGCUCACUUUGGCAGCACGUAUACUAAAAUUGGAACGAUACAGAGAAGAUUAGCAGGGCCCCUGCGCAAGGAUGACACGCAAAUUUGUGAAGCGUUCCUUUUUUUCAAAAAAAUCCUUUUAUGAGGCGAGGGAGAGGCUGGGAAACCCAGCAAGAUGGGCAAGGUAUAAAUAAUAAAAUUAUCACUAUUAUUAUUAUUAUUACUACUAUUGGAGGUUAUGAUCAGAUGGGCCAGAGAUAUAGGUCAUACAAUCCAGUUGGAACAAUGGGAGAAUUUAUGGAGACACAACAUUAAAUUUACAGCAUGCUCCAUAAUUAGAGAAAACUUAAUGAAAAUGAAAUACCAAUGGUAUUUAACCCCAGUUAAACUGGCUAGAAUAUAUAAAUCAAAAACCAGUGUGUGUUGGAGAUGCAAAAAAGACAUCGGAACAAUGUAUCAUAUGUGGUAGGAAUGUGUACAUAUUUUAAAAAUUUGGACCACCAUACAAGAGGAACUUUAAAAAUGCUUAAAGUACCGUGCAAUAACUGUAAAAACCUGUAGCGUUCCUCUUGGGAAUAACAACAAAUGACAUUCCUGCAACCAAUAGAAAAGUAUUCUUAUACGCAACAGCUGCUGCCAUAAGACUUAUAGCAAAAAAUUGGAAGGGGGAAAAAUCCCAUCUGUUUGAGAGUGGCAAGUCAAAUUUUGUGAAUAUAUAGUUUCGGCUAGCCUUACGGCAGCAAUAAGAGGACAAACAGAUCAAAAAUUAAUUGAAGAAUGGGAUUGUGCAAAGGAGUAUAUGAAAAAACAUUGUUCUGGGACAAAUAUAUCAAUAUGCAAUGAAUAAAGUUUACAGGGUAGAAAUAUUGAGGAAAUGGAUGGAAGUGGAAUAAAAACAAUGUAAUAUUAAUAACACAGUGAAUAAAAGAAGUCAAACAUGGGUGGAGGGAAGUCUAUGUUUUUAUGCAUUUUUUGGUGUGUUCUUUUUAUUUUAUUUUAUCUUUUGUGUAAUGUGUUAUUUUUCCUUUUUUGCUUGUGAUGUUGUUUGGUUUUUGUUACUGCAAUUCAAUAAAAGUAUUUAUUAAAAAAUAAAAAAAAAAUAUUAUGAUUAAAACUGAAAACAGUAUUUUAAGUGUGGUCAUUCUAUAGAUUUCUAUUUUAUAAAUAAAACCCACGUAUUCCUUACAGUUUAUCAGCAUCUGAGAUCAGUUUUCCUCACAAAACUGUAUGACUUAAUUGGGCCAGCAAUUUCUUACCUGCAUACAUUUGAAAAUGGGGUACUUGUUGUAGUUUGGUUUGCAUGUUGAAAGCACACUUUUAAAGGGAUAUGCCACCCCAUUGCUGCUCUUGGUAUCAUGGUGAAUUUAAUAGCUGUUCACUAUGAUAAAGAAAAUAAAAACUGUUGGUUCCAUUUAAUUAUUUGACAAAUGUAGAUACUGCUUUAUCAAGAACAAAAUUGGGAAGCAGUGUAUAUAAAAUUUUCAUUAAAAAUAAUAAAAUCAAAAGAUAAAAUAUAAAUCAACCUAAAAUUUAUCAAAAUACAAAUAAAACCCAUUUUGAAACAAACAUCUGUAACACAAUCACAUGCAGUGGUACCUUGGGUUACAGGCGCUUCAGGUUACAGACUCUGCUAACCCAGAAAUAGUACCUCGGGUUAAGAACUUUGCUUCAGGAUGAGAAAAGAAAUCGUGCUCUGGCGGCACGGCAGCAGCGGGAGGCCCCAUUAGCUAAAGUGAUGCUUCAGGUUAGGAACAGCUUCAGGUUAAGAACGGGCCUUUGGAAUGAAUUAAGUACUUAACCCAAGGUACCACUGUAUUAGCAUCUGGGAAAAGCAGUACAGCAAAGGUGCUUGCAUAAUGGCAACGACCAGGGUGUUUAAAAGACGGUUUAGGAGGCAGAGGCCAAACUGCAGGGAGGGCAGUUGCCUUUGUGUGCUCCCUGGGGGCACCUGGUUGGCCCCUCCUGGUUGCUGGCCCUGGACAGAAGGCGCUUUGGCCUCUGAUUCAGGAGAGCUGGGCUUAGAACAUGGUCAGCAAGAGGCUUCACAACACACUCCAGGGUGAAAUGAGGCUGUGGCUGUCUCUCAAUUCCUUGAAGAUGUCAUAAAAGCACCUGCUGGGUAACUGGCAUUAGUGCUACAAGACGAAAACAGCAGGACGGUUUCGCUGGCAAAGCACCAGAAACAGUCACCAAUCCCUAAUACUAGAACACCAGUGGCUAAGUGUGCACCAUCACCCCAGAAAUCACAAUGGACUGGCAUUUGCAUGAAGGAGGUGCAGGAAACUAAGACGAGCAGGAGGAAUUGUGUGGUUCUCCAGAAAGGCAGAGCCAGCGCUGAACUGAGGGGAAACAGGAGUUUUCUGGGUUCUCUUGGAGAUGCCUGAAGCAGAGCUUCUAGGUUGAACAACAAUGUGAGACAGGACCAGGACCAGGAGAGACACACGGGAUUAAGUGUAGAGAGGCAGUAUAUUAAAAGCUCCAAAAGAGAUUCUUACGCUAAUUCUGUUUAGUUUCGGAGCUUAAAAAAGGAAUCUGGAAGAAAAUACAAAUCUAUCAGGAAAAUGAAGGCAAAGUAACAGGAAAUUGGCAGGUGUACUUCUGCCUACUCCUUGCUCCAGUCUGUGCAUGUUUUUGUGUAACACGAUCAUGUCUGCCUUAUUUUUUCUUCUUCCACAAACUCCUGAGCCUCCAAGGUUGCAGCCCAUUUUCCUCCCAGGGGACUCACUCCAUCCCCUUCAUGCUUUUGCUGGCCCUUCCCUGAAACUUCCCCGGCUCUCUCCUUUUUGAGGUGGGGCGACCAGGACAGGACAGGCUUCCAAGCGGGUAAAGCUGCCUUGACAAGAGUCAAGUGGACCUCGGGGUUUGGCGGAAGCGCCCACCGAGCAAGUCAGCCAUGCAGUGGAGCUGCUGGCCAAGCGGACGCGGGGUUUUGUUGCCUGGCCCCAAGGAUCGCGUCCUCUGGAUGGAGAGCAGCUGUGGGAGGGACUUGGAUCCCCUUCAGGGGUGGAAGCCUGCAGACAAGGUGGCGAAGGGCUGAGGAGGGCCGGCCGAAGGGGCCGAGGGCCAAGCUGGCCAGCAGACGAGCUCUGUGGGCCUCCUCGAGAGCAGGCCUUUCCGGGGACGGAGGGGGGACGGAGACACUGCUGGGCUCUAGCGCUUUGCCAGCCGGAGGUCCCGCCAGAGAGAGAAUGAUUUCACUAUUAAUAUACUUCCACGUCAUUGUAUUUCAGUUCAACAAUUACUUUGAUAAAAUGCAUAUUUUGUUAUGUGCAAAUGAGGUCCAUAAAUGACCACCUGGCAUAUAUUCAACACAAAACACAGCAACCAUUUGUUGGGGAUGUUACGGUAAAAUCUGGGUGCGGGGUUACUCUGCCACCCAGCUCGUCGGACUAAGUCCGCGGGUCCCUGCGGAAGAAGAUGAGCUCAGCCGGAGACAGGAGCAAGUUGCAGGAGAUCCGAGUUUAUUGCGCAACAGGUUCAAGGCGAGAUUGAACAGCGAGAAAGGGGUGACAUGAACUUUUGAAAUUUCCUCCAUGUCCCAGAAUGCAGUGCACAAUACAUCCCAGUUACAUCAUGAAUACAUUAAGAAGAGGUUGGGUUACACGGAUUACAUCACGAAUACAUUAGGAAGAGGUUGGGUUACACCGGCUUCACAUAUGGAGGAGGGAGGGGGGAAUAUGCAGAGCUGGAGAUAUGCGCAGAUAAGCACAUCCCGAGAAGACAAUGGUCCAUGUAUGCAUAGUCUGCCACCUGGCAUCGCCCGGAGGAAGGGCUUGGCAGAGCGAUUUGACAGGAUUAGGGUCUUGACACCUUGCUCGAGGGAUUCUGGAGGACAGGGGAGGUGUCAUGGAGUCCUAGAGAAACGGAGCAAAUGGGCACGUUGGUUUUCUAGGAAUGUGCUAGAUUUGAGUCCCUUUUGACAUUGGCAAUUGGAAAUCAAUGGCUAUAUUGUAGUGAAGAAGAAGGUGAAGAAGACAUGCCCCCCCCCCCGUAUCAGGGACAAGGGCCAGCUGGCCAUAGCAAGGGCCCCUUCCUUCCUUCCCUCCAGGAACCUCCCUCCGCGUCCCCGUUCCCCGGGCGGGCGGCCAAGCGGAGGCGCCUCCUCCUCCCUCCCUCCCUCCUCCCUCCGCCGCCGGCGGCCGCGAGCCAGGGGCGCCCCUUGUGGCCGCCCGGAGAGCGGCGCCUGCGCAGUGCCGCGGGGAGCCGCGUGUCGGGCAGGCAGGCAGGCGAGCGGGGCGGGGCCGAGGCGCGUUUCCCGCGCAGCUGCGCUGAGGGAGCCCGGAGCAGGAGGAGGCCGCCGCCGCCUCGGUCCCGCCAUGGCUUCUCCGGCCAGGGCCCUCCGGCCGCGCCGCUCGGCCCCCGCGCCGUGAGUCCCCGAGGGCCGGGCGGGCGGGCGAGGGCGGGCGGGGGCGGGCGGGCGGCGUGGGGCCGGGCCGGGCCGGGCUGAGCUCCCUCUUGGUCCGCAGGGCGACGGGCAGCGACGCCUCGGAGGACUCCGGCGACAGCGCCUUCCAGGAAAGGCCUGGCGGCCAGGCGCAGGUAGGGAGGGCCGGAGGGAGGCCCCGGCUGGGUGGGGCGCCGCCAGGCCGGGCUGGGGCUCCCGGCUUCCUCGCCCUCUCUCUCCGUCCCCUCAGGCCCCCGAGGACCCUCGGCCGGCCCGCGCCGAGCCCAGCGGCGGCGGCCUCUUCCCGGCGGUGAAGGCGGGCGGGAGCGCCGCGCAGGUGAGGGGCAGCCGAGGGAGCCGCGCGGAGAAGGCCCUGCUCGGGGCUGCAGUCGGGGCAGAGAGCGGGGAGGGAGGGAGGGCCCAGCACGGAGAAGGCGCCCCCUCCGGCUCAACCCGAAGCUGCUGCUUGAGCUCCCUGGGAUGCGCCAGCAGCCGUCCCCAGGGAGCUUUGGAAGGAGAGGAAAGAUGUGCCUCCCCCCCUGUCCUAUGUGCUGGAGUGGGAUAGCUGGCUUGGUGGGCUGCAGUGGAGCAAGGGGUGGGUUUUGGAAAGGAGACUUGGGGCAGGUGAGAGUGGCAGGGUUGGCUGGAGAAAGAUAAGGAGCAGGGAGAUGCGGGGGGGGGGGGAGGCAGAGGAAUGUGUCUUAGGGGAAACGCAAAUCCUCUAGUAUGCUUGUGCUCUUGUGGGUCUCGCAUCUCUCUCUUGUUUCUAUGUGCGUGUCCUUGCCCUGCUCCCUUUGCCUACUGCCAUCCUCUGUCAACUGCCACAGUCUAUAGUUGAUGACUGGCUUGAGAGUUACAGGAAAGACAGGGAAUCUGGGUUUCUGGAGCUGUUCAACUUCAUUGUCCACUCCUGUGGUUGCAAAGGUGAGUUUAGAGUGGAGUGUUGUGCUUCUGCGUACUCUUGCAAAAGCUCUCCUGUGCUCCGUCCUCCUUCCAGUUGCAUGCUUGCUCUGCAGUGAUGUGAGGCUGGACUGGCGCUCUCUCCCUUCUCUUUCCCUCCACGGCCCUGCAGGUGUAGUGACCCUGGAGAUGCUGAGAGGCCUUCAGAACUCGGAGAUCAUCCAGCAGCUGACAGAAUCAUUUGAUGAGGUGAGAACUAAGGAAGGGGAUGUUUCUGGGGAGGUUAAAUCCAAACAGUCGCCUUGGAGGGAGGGUGGCAGAGACAAAUGGUGGACUCAGACAAAUCUUUUCCUAGGGCUCAGCAGAGUACCCACUGUUGCUGAACACCCCAGUCUGGCGGCGGUUUCGGCAGGGGUUCUGUGAGCUGUUGGGAGUUCUUGUGCACCGAACACAACAUGCUGUUCUCUAUGAUGAGUAUUUGAUGGGUAGCCUUGUCGCCCUGCUUACUGGCAUGUCUGACUCCCAGGUGCGUGCUUCCGCCACACAAGCACCUUGGCAGGUAGGAGAGUAGUCUGGGUUUGGGUGGGCAGAUGCAUCCCUUUCUGAGAGGAGCUGAGAAAUGCCAUGCUAUGCUUCAUCUUUUCCUGUAGCCAUGAAACUAAUGACAGGUUUGGUGCGUGUAGCUCUGAGUGUCAGCCUGCAGAAGGACAACAGUCAGCGGCAGUAUGAGGCUGAGCAGGCCAAGGGAUCGAGCUGCCGGGCUCUGGGGAAGCUGGAAGGGCUGCUGGAGCAACACAGAGAGGUGAAGGUGGCAGGGCUGCAGCACAAGGUGGCAUGGGGUGGGGCGGGAGAGCAGGCAAAUAUGACCUCAUGGAAAUUACUGAAACCUCGUGGAAUGAGACUUGUCUCGGGAGACAGUGGAAAAGGGCAUAUUUGGAGGUGGGGUAAACUGUUGGAAGGUUACAGCACCAGUUCUAGCUGUAGAGACCAAUGCGAAUGAGAUGUGUUUUGUUGCAGCUGGGGCAGAUGAAGGCAUCUGGUUGUGCUGCUGUGGAUGCACUAUGGCAUUUCUUCUCUCUCUGCUCCUUUGACCGGUCAUCCCUCUUCUGGUCACUUUUAUGGAUGCAGGACCUGUCUGUCUCCAGGCAUUGCAGUCAUCUGCAAAGGAUUCCCACACGGUGGGGUUGAUGUUUCCAGCCUUUAUGUCACGUUUGCAGGCAUCUUUGUAGCGCAGAGUUGGUCGGCCAAUGGGUCUGGUGCCUGAAGCCAGCUCCCCAUAGAGCACAUCCUUGGGGAGCCUACCAUCUUCAAUUUGUGGACAAGACCAAGCAAACAUAGGCCUCGCUGAGACUGGAGUGAGAACUUGCUGGGAAUGUGGGCUUGAGAGAGCACAUUUUUGGUUGGAAUUCUGUCCUGCCAUUUGAUACCCAAAACAUUUAUGAUGCAGCGUAUGUGGAAAGUGUUGAGGCCUCGCUCCUGGCGGUUGCCCAUGACUUGCUUCCAUAAAGCAUUGUGCGCAACACACAAGCCUGGUAGACCUUCAUCUUGGUAUUGAAUGUUUGUUGUUGUUGUUUAGUCGUGUCCGACUCUUCGUGACCCCCUGGACCAGAGCACGCCAGGCACUCCUGUCUUCCACUGCCUCCCACAGUUUGGUCAGACUCAUGCUGGUAGCUUCGAGAACACUGUCCAGCCAUCUCGUCCUCUGUUGUCCCCUUCUCCUUGUGCCCUCCAUCUUUCCCAACAUCAGGGUCUUUUCCAGGGAGUCUUCUCUUCUCAUGAGGUGGCCAAAGUACUGGAGCCUCAGUUUCACGAUCUGUCCUUCCAGUGAGCACUCAGGGCUGAUUUCCUUAAGAAUGGAGAGGUUUGAUCUUCUUGCAGUCCAUGGGACUCUCAAGAGUCUCCUCCAGCACCAUAACUCAAAAGCAUCAAUUCUUUGGCGAUCAGCCUUCUUUAUGGUCCAGCUCUCACUUCCAUACAUCACUACUGGGAAGACCAUAGCUUUAACUAUACGGACCUUUGUUGGCAAGGUGAUGUCUCUGCUUUUCAAGAUGCUGUCUAGGUUUGUCAUUGCUUUUCUUCUAAGAAGCAGGCGUCUUUUAAUUUUGUGACUGCUGUCACCAUCAGCAGUGAUCAUGGAGCCCAAGAAAGUAAAAUCUCUCACUGCCUCCAUUUCUUCCCCUUCUAUUUGCCAGGAGGUGAUGGGCCCAGUGGCCAUGAUCUUCGUUUUUUUGAUGUUGAGCUUCAGACCAUAUUUUGCGCUCUUCUCUUUCACCCUCAUUAAAAGGUUCUUUAAUUCCUCCUCACUUUCUGCCAUCAAGGUUGUGUCAUCUGCAUAUCUGAGGUUGUUGAUACUUCUUCCGGCAAUCUUAAUUCCGGCUUGGGAUUCAUCCAGCCCAGCCUUCACAUGAUGAAUUCUGCAUAUAAGUUAAAUAAGCAGGGAGACAAAUAUACAGCCUUGUCGUACUCCUUUCCCAAUUUUGAACCAUUGAGUUGUUCCAUAUCCAGUUCUAACUGUAGCUUCUUGUUGCACAUAGAGAUUUCUCAGGAGAUAGAUGAGGUGAUCAGGCAUUAUAUAAAAAAAAUAUAAAAAAUUGUCCAGUAGCACCUUAGAGACCAACUAAGUUUGUUAGUAGGUCUCUAAGGUGCUACUGGACAUUAUUUAUAUUUAUAUUUUUAUAUAUUUCUACUGCAUCAGACCAGCAUGGCUACCUGCCUGAAUCUUGAAUGUUAGCGUCACAUUCUCCCAUGCCCUUUUGAAGAGGUGAAUCAUUGCCAUAGCUGCCUUGCCAAUUCGUUUGUCCAGCUCAGUGUUACUAACGGUGGAACCAAAGUAGACAAAAUCUACCACCUCAAGUGUGUGAUCACCAGUGCUGAUGUGUGGAGUGCUGGCAGCAUACUGACCCAGGAUGAUGGUAUUUGUCAGGCAAAUAGUAGGGCUAAACUCCUGCAGACAUGGGCAAAAAUGAAUAUAUAUAUAUAUAUAUAUAUGAAUAUAGAAAUUGAUGGGUAUAAAUUAAUCAGUGAAAAGGUGGAGACCCAACAGGAAGAGAGGAAGGUAAAGGAUGUGUAUACUUGUGAAGAGAUUCAUAACCUGGAACAUGGAAAGCAGAUUGAGAAUAUAUGGGUAAAAAUUACAGGAGAGGGAAACUACAGUGACCUUAUUCUGGGUGUCUGCUGAAGACUUCCAAGCCAGACUGAAGACUUGGCUGAUGUCUUCCCAGAGCAGAUGUUCAAACAUUUGAAAAGGAGAGCUAUAGUAGUCAUGGGAGACUUCAACUUCCCCAAUAUCUGCUGGAAUUCAAGCUGCCAAGAAUGUAGUGUCCAACACAUUCCUCACUUGGUCCUUACCAAGAGGGAUGAACUGAUCAACGAAGUAGAAGUCCUGGAAACCUUGGGGGGAAGUGAUCAUGUCCUCUUGGGUUUCAGAAUGUAGAGGCAAGGGAAAUUGCGCUCAGAUGUGCACUCGAAGGCUGAUUUCAAAAAGUUGAAGGAACUACUGUGACAUGCCAUGGUUGGAAAUAACUCAAAGAGAAAGGAGCUCAAGAUCAGAGUUUCUUAAAGGUCAAAUAUUAAAAGCUUAAAUGCAGACGAUUCCAACAAGAAUUGGAUGCAGAAUGAGCUUACAGAUGGGUUGAAAUUUGAGAAGAGAAGAAAGGAAAUCAUGGAGGAGGAAUAUAUAUAUAUACGAGUAGCCAACAGUUGCAGGGUGAAUGUCAGAUGGGCUAAAGCUCAGAAUGAACUCAGGUUUGCAAGAGAGGUUAAAAAGGGUGUGGUUUUUUGGCUGUGUUCAAAGCAAGAGGAACAAGCAAGUGGCAGGUCCUCUGUGUGGAGAAGAUGGAGAAGUGCUAUUGUAUGAGCGAGAAGGCAGAUGUCAGAGAAGUUCCUUCACUGACAGCAGAACUGCUCAACAUCUCUUUCUGUCUUCACCCAAAAGAAAAGCAAUGCCCAACCUAGUGAUAGCAUGAUGAGUGAAGUGAGGGAGGAGUUGCAGCCCAAGAUAGGAAAAGAGAUGGUAAGGGAACACCUAGCAACGUUAAAUGCCUUCAAAUCUCCAGGGACUGAUGAGCAGCACCAAAGGGUUCUAAUGGAGCUUGCAGAUUUAAUCUCAGAGCCUCUAUCUAUAAUCUUUGAGAAUUCUUUGGAGUUGUCAUUCAUGAAUGUCUGGCAUGCCACAGGUCUAAAGUGCAAAUUUUAGGCAAAAUACAUCUUUGGAUUUUUAGUUUCUUGGUAGCAUUUUGGGGCUCACCAUGUUGAUCUAGUAUUUAUUCAGGUGAAAUUUCAGAACAGAAACAUGCAGAUUCAGCACAGAAACCACCAGGACCCAAGCAGGUCCUUCACAACACGUCUUUUGGGAAGGUAUCCCCAUGUUCACACACCAGAGCUCCGCAAAUCCCUCGGUGGACUUAAGGGAGCAGCUUCUGUUACACAAAGGCUCUCCACUGUGACUUCCCUAGAUUCUUGGGCGAGUUAACAUUUCUUAUGGGUAUCUCCUGGAUCCCUUCUCCUGUCCCAGCUUUUCCUCGUGCUCUCUUGAUAAAGGCUUCAGGGCAUCCAGGUGACUGUGCUUGGGAUCAUGGAACUCUGGGGUUCUAAUGUAUCAAUAUAAGCAUUGGCUGGGUUCAUUUCUCAUAGACAGGAGGGAAAGGGUUCAAUCUUCCUGUCACGGAACCCCUAGAUUAAAUAUUAGAGCACUACAGCUGCUGAACUGAUCAUCUGUGGGCUGGUUUUUACUCCAGGCCUCUAGAGAGUUAUUCUAACUCAUUAGGAGGCAAUUUUGACUCAGUGUCAUUUUUACAUGCCAGAGACAGAAGAUGUGACUGUGCUUCAAGCAGGGCAGACAGUCUGCUCCCUGUGAGAGUCCCUCUAACAUGUCAGAUGCAGGUGGCAGUGCACGCAAGUGCCUGGCUGGAGACUUAAACCACUUGUGUCCUGCUUUGUGUGUUGCCAGCUCCAGGAGAAACAGGAAGAGCUUGAGAAUUUGAUGAACGCUAUCUUCAAGGGGGUCUUCAUUCACCGCUAUCGGUGAGUUGGGGUGAGGGCAAGUUCAGCUAGAGCAGGGACCAGUGAGCCACGCUGUCCAUCUUAACACUUUCUUAUUAUUUGCUUGUCAAGGGACCUUAUGCCUGAAAUUCGUGCCAUUUGCAUUGAAGAGAUGGGCCAGUGGAUAGAGCAUUACAGCAACUCCUUCCUGACUGACAGCUAUCUCAAGUACAUUGGCUGGACGCUACAUGACAAGGUAGGUAGGUGGAAGAAGGUGGGUGUUGCAUCCAGCAGGAGGUACCCAUCUGCUCACAGGCAAACAGCUGUAAACAUGUUCAGGGCUUCCAUGGGACUGCGGUGGAGAACCUUUCUUAGCCUGAGAGUCAGAUUUCCAUAUGGCCAACCUGCCAAGGGCCAGGGCACACGCAUACACCUGGGCAGGCAGGGAUGCCUCUGUGUGAUCUCUAACAGGAAGAAACUGCAUUCACACAUCCAGCCACCUCUGUGCUGGGGUGGGAGGAAAUGCUGCUGUUUCAUUUUGAAAGGUUAGGCAGCAUUUCUCUUGUUUCUGAUCUUGGAGACAUUUCAAAUGCAUUAUUUCAGUAAUAAUAGCAACGCUGCAAGAUAAACUAUAUUAUUCUCUUACCGAGAAUUGGAGGGAGGGGGGUACUGAACCGCAAGCACAAAGAGGUGCUGAGCGAGGGGUUUGAUGUAAGUAUACCCAAGGAGGAUGUCAAAAACACCAGAAUGGGCAGUUCUACUGCCUUAUUUAGAGGUAUAAACUUACACCACAGCAUGCAGAGCCCCACUACCUGUACAGAAGGGAUGGACACCACAAAAGCGAGAGGUCGUCAUGAUUUGUUUGCAGCUGAGGAAACAUGUAUGUAUCCUUUAUGCACAAAGUAGCAUAUGUUAGUUUCCCCUGGUCAGCGAGGCCAGAGGUAGCAGCUGUCCAGAGCUCCUCUCUUCCUGGGCCCUGAGCCCAGCAUCCCAAGGCUUACAGAUAAGCAUAGCAUCGAAGCCAGACAAUUCGCAUAUAUCAAAGCAAGUGAAUAUAAACAUGAGCUUGUUCUUGCAACAACUAGCCGUUGUAGUUGUUGCUACAAUUGGUCGUUGUUGGAACAUUUCACCUUUGGUUCAUCACGGUGAUUGUCAGAAUAGCUGCUUUUCUAGUGGAUAUGUUUUUGGAGGGAAAGGUUUGGAAGAGAGAUUCUUACUCUCUCAACAAAGUUAAGUACAAUUGUGAUUGCACAUUAAAACUUGGUUAGAUUUGCAUCUUUAAACAAAUGUUCUUCACAAAAAUACUUUGGGUAUAAUAAAUCACAGACACUUAGCUUUGCAAACAGGUGAAUAUUUUGCUAAGGAGUUAUAGAAGUUACAGUCGACGUCAAAAUCUGCUGGUAGUGAAAUGAAGAUGAAAAAGGUGUCACGGCUAAAAUGGCCGCUGUUUCUUUAAUGCGAAUAAAGCUGGGUCAGCAUGAGUCAGCAGCCUGCACUGGGUUGUAUAUAUAGAGUGAGAAAUGUUAGUUUGGGUUGGCUGGUGUUUGGGUUGGUUGGUUGGUUAGUUAGUGUUGAUGUGUGUAGUUGGUCAGUCGUGGACUUCCGGGGUGGCGCCAUCGGCAAUGGCAGACUCUGAACUGGAGGGACUAGCUCCGCGGGAAACGGGUCUUCUCCACUACGGCGAAGCGGGGACCCUUUUAAAAAUCACAGGCGGAUGAAGCCUGUGACCAUGGGACUCGGCGGGCACCUUUAGCGCCCCCCCAACUCGCUAAGGAACCCACUAACGGGCUCCUAAGUGAAGAGGGGGAAGUGGCGCGGUGCUGUGAGUCAACUGCUAUUUCCGUGGAGCGAAGCUGCAUAGCCGUUGCCGGAGAGCGCUGCCUUUUUCCUGGGACAAUUUGGACUCUAAAAUAAGCACCCGUGAGUACUUAGACUUUGAACAACUGGACAUUAAAUAAGGUCUUGCGUGCAGAAAGGAAUUGGAUCUUAAAAAUCUAUUUCAAUUUGGUACGGAACGGGAAGGUCUAAACAGGAAGUCAGCCUUCCGUUCCUUUGUAGACAGAAUAAAGCAAAGACAACGUAAACUAGAGCUUAGAAAAUCGCCUUUAAAGGAUUGGAUUUCAUCAUUUAAAAUUGUGGAACCCCCCUUCGACAGCAGGAGAAGAAGGGGGAUCUUUUUCGGACUGUUUAAAGUGAGUUUAAAGUAAAGCAACUUUCCUCCGUCCUGAUCCUGGAGCGGGGUGUCAGGACUGACAUUUGAAGUUCAUUGACCAGAGACAAACGUUUUUGACAGAUAGCUAAAAGAAGAGAAACAUAGUGAUUCCACUGUUUCCCUUCGCAUUUUAAAGGAACAAAUAUUGACAAAGUAUCUCAAAAAGGGAAACUUCGUUGCAAGAACAAAUAGAAGUUUUCCCCCUAGAGGGAGACUGUGAAACUGUAACCAACUCCAGGGAGCCGGCAGCUGUUACAGAUUACAAUCGUGGGAAUUGGCAUUUGACCUUGCAGGACAAUGUAUUCAGAAGCUUUGUUGUGUGCUUUCUAUAAAACAAAUGCCCUACUGGAACAGGUACAUGAGAAGGUGAAUUUGAUGGCGACUUCGACUAGAAAUUUUGAACAGGCAGUGGGAAAUUUUGAACAGACAGUGGGAAAAUAUGUGGAGCCCACCCAGGAAUUAAAUCAGGAGUGUGUUUUGAAAGAACAGGCCCAACAGGAAUAUGAGUUUUCGGAUUUGACAAAUGAACUUGGAAAAAGCCAGAUUUGGAAAGAAAAAGUUUGGUUUGGCUUGGAAAUGGGGGGCUGGAUUGACCCCCCUAUGCUGGGAUGUUUGGACUUUUCAAAUCUGGCAAUGGGCCGUGAGAUGUUUGGGAUUGUGGGGGCUCUUAAUUUUGGAGGGUCUUUGAAACAUGUUUUUAAAUACCAUAUGGAAUUCAGUGCUGAAUAUGGAAAAGGGGCUGAUGUGUCGAGAAGGGUUAAAAAUAUUGCCAAGCUGGAGUUACCACGAGCAGGAGACAAGGGAAAAUACAGUUAUAAAUAUGAAGAAGAGCUGCGGAAGGGACAUGGAAGAGACUUGAGGGCCUCGGAUAUAAGGUUGCCAGGUUAAUGGGCUAGAUCGAUGGGACAAUAAGGACUGACAAAACCCGGAACCAGGAGGAAGGGACGUUGGAUGAAGAUUGGAUCUGUUUGCAUUUCUUUUUUCUACCAUUAGAACUGUUUUAUAAAAUUGAUGAAUGUCAGAAAAAUGUUGGAAUGAAAUUACUCGGCUUUAGUAAAGAUGUUUAAAGAAUUAUGAAAGAAUAUUAUGGUUAUGAGAAGUUGGUAAGGAGAAGAUAUAAGUUUUAAGCUUUAAGGUUUAUUUUCUUAUAGAAAGAUAAGAUUAAAACAGUUUAGGGUAAUGUAAUGACAGAAUAUUAUGAAAUAUGGAAAGGAUUUGCUGGGAUAAUUAAUAACUAGGAUACAAAGAAAGGGAGGAGGAGGAGGUCAAAGAAAGAAGGUAAUGACAGUUGAGGAUUCGAGAAUAAUGAAUUUGUUUUUAAAUGUUCUUAAUUGUUUGUGGUGUAUUUUUGUAUUUUUUUCUGUCUCUUUUUCUUAUUUUUGAAUUUGUAUUCGUAUGGUUGGAAGGGGUUUGUUUCCCCCCCCCCUACUUUGUUAACUAUUUUUAUUCUGUAUUUUGUAUUUUCUUCUGCUUUUAUUUUAUUUUGUAACACUUUGAAAAUUUCAAUAAAUAUCCUAUAAAAAAAAUAAUAGUUGGUCAGUCGCUUUCGCACAAAGACUUUUAAGAAUAAAACUCUGCAAGGACUUUUCUCGUGGACUCUUUUGUGCCGACAAGGGUCCAAGGACCAGGCUAAGGAGACAAAGGGAGGUCAGAACCCUUUCCUUCCUUUUUUUUUGCUUUUUACAAACACUGACAAAAGGUUCCAAACGACUUAAAAAGAAAUGUACUUGGUUUCAUUACCAAAAGUUCAUGCAAUCUUUCGACUAACAAAAAUGCAGGCAAUGAAACCUCCUUAUAGAGAGAUUCUUCAUUCACAUGCAGCAUUCUUGAGUUGGGAUCAGGAAGCAGGAAGAUUGAGAGCCUCAGGUUAACCCUUUCAUGCACACAAAUGUGAGGCAGUAACUGUAUUACAGUGUAUAAGGCUGAGAUGAGAUUUGAGCCCAGGGACUUUUUAAGUCAAAGUCAGUUAUGAGUGAAUAUAGUUCAGAGGAAAAGACUUAACUUGCUGUUUGCCAUAGGAAGCUUUCAGGUAGAAGUUACUUGACUUAGGACAGCUGUCUUGUAGUCCUUUGAAGUCAAGGCUCCUUAAAACCCAUUGAAACAAAUUUUAACUGCAAGAUUGCAGGCUUGUUUAGGAGACUAUAAGAAUCUGUGGUUAUACUAGUUACUUGUUCAUCAGUGUGGGUAGUGCAGGUAAUAUUCUCAGUUGAUUCUGUGAAAGUAGAAACAUGCCUGUGAACGUUGAGGUUCUUCUGGGAAAAUGUCCACCUUAGGGUCUGGCCAUGCUGAUCUCUCUUGAAGAAGCCCAAGGAGUUGGCCUGGCAGCUUCUAGUCUCUUGCUCCUAAUCUCCUCUUGUCUGUCUUGCAGCAGGGGGAGGUCCGGCUCAAGUGCCUUCUUGCUCUACAAGGACUGUAUCACAGCCAGGAGAGGGCUGCUCGCAUGGAGCUCUUCACCAGUCGCUUCAAGGUGAGGGUCUUGACCCAAGAAUGCUGUCAGCUGGAUGUCUUCCACACCUUCUUGGCCUUCCUCUGACAGGGGGAGUAUGUUCCUGUACAUUCUGCUGUGGGCUCCUUGCAUCUGUGAAGACAUGGUGGGGAGGUGCGCUGUUCUCCCACCCAAUGCCUGCGCUCUUCCCUGCAGGAGCGAAUGGUGUCCAUGGUCCUGGACAAGGAGCCCCAAGUGGCAGUGGAAGCUGUCAGGCUGCUCACCCUCAUCUUUCAGUAAGUGUUGUCAGGGUGGGGGUGUUGCUAGGGCCUGAGCCCCGUGGACCCCCCCCCAAUGUCCAUAGUGUGCACACAGGAAUCUUCCUUGGUCCGUUCAAUGCAGUGUUGUCUGCGCUGACAAGCAAGCCGCCUCCAGGGCUGGGACAAGGUGUUUCUCAGCCUGCCUGGGACCUUUGCAUGCAGGGCAUGUGCUCUGCCACUGAGCUCCAGCCUUGGCCCACUGAUGAGUGGAUGCUUGAUCUCCAUUCAGGAACAUGGAUGAUGUGCUCACAGACUCGGAUUGUGCAAGCGUCUUUCCACUUGUGUAUGCUUCUAGCCGUCCCCUUGCAGCAGCCGCUGGCGAAUUCUUGUAUAACAAGUGAGUGUGUCCUCUCUCUACCCCCCCCCCCCCCGGAACUGCAGCAUCUCAAGCAGAAGACCAGCUUGUUUUUUCAUGUAUCUUGUAAAUCAUAUGUUUUGCUGCAAUCAAGCGGUUUGUAAAUUUUAUUAAACAAACAAGAUUUGAUCCUGCUCUGCUGCCUCUUACAAGCCUUCCUGCAGAAUCCUUGAUUCCAUCUCCCCUUUCUUAACAAUAGCGGUUUGGCCCCUAGGUUGUUGGUUCCCACCAUGUGUGCCAGGGGGACGGCAGGGAAGCAGCGCACCCGAGCCGCCUUCCAGCUGCUGCUGGCCUUUUUCAUUGAGAGUGAGGUGAGGCAGCAGGGAGGUGGGGGCAGGAGAGGCCUUCCCAGGCAGGGGCAUGACAUUGCUCUCCCCACACAGUUCCAUGACCAUGCCAGCUACCUGGUGGACAGCCUGUGGGACUGUGCGGCUGCCUUGCUGAAGGACUGGCAGCUGUUGACUGGGCUUCUGCUGGAGGAUCCCCCUGCGGAAGGUGAGGAACAGGUGGGGGGUGAAGGGACACCUGGAAGCAGUGAAGAGCAUUGACACCUCUGCCCAGCUUGCAUGCGUGAUGGGGGUGGAGGUUGGCUCUUGCUGGACACGUCUGCCAGUAAAGUGUCUAAGGUGAAAACUUUCAAUCUGGUGUGGUCCAGGACCCACCCAGCUCUUCAGUGAUCAGCUCACAACUGCAAGGUCUGAGUAGAAUCAUGGAAGGGGAGGGGUUACCUUGGAUCGGGCACCUGCUUGUCAUUUUUAGCAUCGCCUUUGGCUGCUUCCAAAGGUGCCAGGGGAGGAGGUGGAGUGGUUUGCAUGUUGGCAGUUUUAAGCAGUUUCUCUGGCUGCGAAGAGAUGCAGGAGCAGUGUUCAGUCUAGUUGCCUAUUUUUUACCUUCACACAAGUUGAGAUGGAGACAUAAUGGCUGCUGGUGAAAUGAAGCCUCUCCUUUGAGACUUCUCACAGGGUAGGCUAAAGUUGGAGUGGGGAACAUACAAGGUGGUGAACUACAACUCCCAUCAGCCCUAGCAGGCAUGGCAAAUGACCAGGGAUGAUGGAAGUUGCAGUUCACCAACGUUGAGGUGGGUUUAAAGGGCAGUCCAGACACGGACAGUGUAUGAGGUGUACAAUGUGGAACAACUGCAUUGCGCUGGCCAGCAAAGGGCCUGCAGAACUGCUUGGGUGAGCUGCCUCGCUCCCUGGCUCAGCUGCCGCCUUGCUCCACAGGCCUCGGAGACCGAGAGGAGAACAGCCUCAUCAUGUUCUUGGCAGCCAGUGUGCGACAGGCCACAGAGGGGCAGCCACCUGUUGGCCGGAUCUCUGGAAAGAAGGUAAAGGAAGGGUCAGGGUGGCCGCCUGAGGUGUUCCUAGCUCAUCUCCUGCCCUCCACUGGGCUAUGCUUCCCAUCCUUUCUUCUCUACAAGGUGCUUUCUGCUCGGGAGCGCAAGGUGCAAGUGGAGGAUCGCCUCAGACUCACUCAGCACCUCAUCCCCCUGCUGCCCCUACUGCUGGCUAAGGUGAGCCCUGUGAGGGAUGGGGGCCUCCCUCUGUGUUACUGGGAGGGGGCAUGGAAGCAUUCUGGGGUGACGUGUCCCUCCCUGUUGGGGUCUGGGUUCAUGGCACUUGACAUUCUUGGCUUCAACAAAUGCAGACAAGAUGGUUUCCCUUGCCCUGGGCAGUGCCCUCCUGUUCAUGGCUCCUCUUGGCUAUGCGGGAGCCUGAAUGUCCCUUCUCUCCGCUCCCUUUGGCCAGUUCUCAGCUGAUGCCGAAAAAGUGGUUUAUCUGCUGGAGGUCCCGCGCUACUUUGACCUGACUCUUUACAGCAGCGGCCGUCUAGAAAAGGUGAGGGAGCCCUGCGCCUGCCCCCUUCCCUUUGCCAGACCAGGGCUUAGGUGUGGGGCUGGGCUUGCCUUCUCCCCCUAGUCCAGAGCUGCCAUUCAACCAGGCUGCUGCACUUCCCCAAGCAUUUAGAGCUGCUGCUGGCCCAGCUGUGGGAGGUGAUGGAAAAGCACACAGACUGCGAAGUGCUGGAGGCUACUUCCAGGACUCUGCACAUGCUCUGCUCUCCAGAACUGGCUUUCUACAGCCGUGCAGAUUUUGCCCGCAGUCGUCUGGUGGACCAUCUGGCGGAUAAAUUCCAGCAUGAGGAGACUGAACUGUUCCAGGUACAGAGCACUGGUGGCUGUGGCAGCUUGGAAUGGUCAGUGGGAAGGUAGUGGCCAGACCACAGAUGGGUGGGUGCAGCGGAGGUGCCUGGGAAUGGGGUUGGUGGCUGGGUUAGGCAGUGCAUGUAUGGAGCAAUGCUUUUCCUUCAUUUCUCCCUCUUCCACAUAGGAGACUGUAAGAGUGUUGAGGUACUGGGUUGCUUUCCUGCUUCACAGAUAGACAGGGCAUCUCUGCCAUUGCAGUCCAUGGAAGCCCAAAAGACUGCAAUGAUCACGGAGGAGGAGAAACGGGCAUGGUCAAUUAGGUUUUCUUUCUCUUGGUUCCUGUUCAGUCCCCCGGCUGUCUGGAGAAUGAAGAUGUGUACUGUGUGGCUACCACUCUCAAACGCAUUGCCAUCCUGCACAGGUGAGCACAGGGAGGAGGGAGAGAACCAGGCCGUCCUGUUGUUUUGCAGGCCCCAUCCUGGCUAGCGUCCCAGCUCAAGGCUUUCAGACCCUCCCUCAGCUGCUCUGGAGCAGCCCCAUGCUGCUUCUGUUGCAUGGAAGGAAGAGGCAAGGAAUGUCCUUUGCUUUUUUGUCUGCAGUGCUCAUGACCUGACCCCGUGGAAUUUCUUUGAUCCCUGCAUCCGACUCCUGCGCCACACGGUGGACACAGAGGAGAUCCCCAAGCAGGUACUGCAGGGUUGCAGGGAGAGAGGGGCUUGAACUGACGAGUGCCCUGGAAAAGUGGAGAUGAACAUGAGCAUGUGCCCACAGUUGCAUGCCUGUGUGUCGUCUCAUUGUUGCUACCACAUCCUGCUCCCUUCCCCCAUUUUGGGGGGUGGGUGCAGUCUUGCAGCUGCAGAGUGGAAGGCUCCUUCCCACCCCAAAAAUUCUGGAUCUUGCUUUGGCUACUUCCCUAUCUGCCUGACUUCCUUUGUUGCAGGUGGUCAUCUCUGCCAUAUCCUGUUCAUACUUCUCACUCUAUUGGGAGCUGUCCCAUCUCUGUGCCGCCACCGCAGCCUCUGACCCCCUUCCCAGACAGGUGAGCAGGGCUUUUAGAGAGGGUGGGUCUCCCUUUGCACCACCACACGCUCAUGACACCACUCCUCCUUCCAGGAGCAGCUGCUCAGCCUGAAGCAAAAAGUGGCUUCCUUCUGCUCCCUCUGUCAGAACUAUCUUGUGGACAUGGACCCCGGUGUUCAGGAGCAGGUAAGAGCAGGAGACAGGGUUCCUGUGUUCCCCGAGGGAGUUGGGAUUUUGGCUCUUGCCUACUUCAUGAAACACUCAAAAGAGCUGGGCUUCUUCUGCUGUUGGCCACAGGGAUGCUUGCUCAUCUCUUGUUCACAUUCUCCCUUCACAACACGAGAGAGAGAAGUUGCCAAAUCUUGCAAAGCCCACUGGCCACAACCCCUUCCUUCUCAUCCAUGUGGGUACAAGCAGUACUCCCACACAACCUUCAGCAUAUAGCAAAGGACUCUGAUACUCCGGGCAGGAAGCUGAAGGACCUUGGGGCAAAGGUGGUCUUUUCAUCUACCCUGUUGAAGGUUGUGACCCAAAAAGAGGGUAAUACUGGAGGUCAACCACUGGCUGCGCAGGUGAUGUCAGGAAGGUUUGGCAUCUUGGAUCAUGGUCUCCACUUCUUGAGGAAAGACUUCUGGCAAGAGAUGGGCUGCACCUCACAGCAGUUGGCAAGAAUGUGUUUGCUAAGAGUCUCACAAACCUGAUCAGGAGAUCUUUAAACUAGAUCCUGAGAGGGAGGGAGACAACAUUACAGUUAGAACACCAGUUACUGGGAACAAUAACUUCAUUGAUGCGCAGGAGACGGAGCUGGUGCUCCAGAAACCUGCUAAAGGGCAGGAAACUACCGUAUUUUUCGCUCGAUAACACGCACCUGACCAUAACACACACAUAGUUUUUAGAGGAGGAAAACAAGAAAAAAAAAUUCUGAAUGAAACAGUGGAUGUCUCAUUUUUGUGCUUCAUGCUGCGGCCAGACAUGUGAUUUGACGGUGAGUUUGGGGUAGCCCAAUGCAAAGAUCCUGAGAAUCCAUGUGGAUCUGUGCUUUGUAACCACGUUUUUGCACCAUUGCAGCCCCAGGCAACAGUGGGUACGUGAUUUUUUUGGUGCAGGCUGUAGCCAUGGACAUGCUAUGUGAUCUGAUGGUGAAUUUGGGGUGACCCAAUGCAAAGAUCCUGAGGAUCCAUGUGGAUCCGUGCUUUGUAACCACGUUUUUGCACCACUGCAGCCCUGUUUUUGCAUCAGAUCAUUGCUAUGUGAUCUGAUGGUGAAUUUGGGGUGACCCAAUGCAAAGAUCCUGAGGAUCCAUGUGGAUCCGUGCUUUGUAACCACGUUUUAAGUGGGGAGGGAAGGAAAAACAUAGAAGGGACAAGGAGCACCGAGAGGGGUGUGCGGAGAAGCAGCUGGCUAAGAAUGCAGGAGAGGGGUUUUACCGGAGGGAGGAAAGGAAGGCAAAAGUUCCCCCCACGCACCCACCCAAGCCAGCUCUCUCUCUCUCUCCCCCCCACCUGCAUGUUGCAGCACCAGAGCACGGAGAGGAAUUAGAAGGAAGGACGCCCUGCUUUCCCCUCUGCUUGCCUGGAGGGGAGGGGUUUUCUCUGCUCUUUGUUCCGUUUGAGCAAACACAGUAACAAACAGAAGCGGGUGGGCAGUAAGACCCUGAGGCAGAAUGCAGGAAAGCAGCAGCUUCCUCUUUCAAGGCUUCCCUUCUCCGGAGGAUUGAUAUUUGUCUGAUUUUUGCCUUCACUCGCGCCUGUCGGCUCCAGGGACCACACAUUCGCUCAAUAACACGCGCAGACAUUUCCCCUUACUUUUUAGGAGAAAAAAUCUGCGUGUUAUAGAGGGAAAAAUACGGUACAAGAAGGAAGCAGCUGGAGGAGUGACUCAUGGUUUCAUUUGUUGCAUGGCUUGGCCUUGUGCAGCUGAUUUGAGUUUCUGUGUGCAAUGGUGUUUGGGGGGUUGGGAGGCAGCAGCCUCAGGAGUCAUGGAGGAGGGGAGGCAUUGAUUUCUUGCCUCAGCCACAACUGCAAUGCAGUGGGUGGGAGCUUCCUUGUCUGUUGCUGCUGGGACAAGGAAGAGGCUACUCCUCCCCUUUGCCUGCCCUGUUGAUUCCGGGGGGGGGGGGGGUUACAGAAAAGAGGCAGUGUGUCCCUGCUUGCUGCCCUUUUCCUGCCCCCUCCCCCAUUUUCUAGGACUUGCUCCUGAAUCCUGCGAUGUCCCUUCCUGCCCCCUCACUUUCACUCUCUGGUUUCCCUGCCAGGCCUUUGUGGUGCUGACUGACCUGCUCAUGAUUUUCGGCCCUCAGCUGCCGUAUGGGGGCCACCGCCUGCUCCACGAGCUGGUGUACGAGCCAGAUGUUGCUUUGCAGUCGCAGCUGGCUGGCUUCCUUGUGGACCACGUUUUCAACCACGACCAGGUUGAAGGUAUUGGGCUGGGCCCAUGGUGCCACUGGCUGCAGGAGGGCAGGGGGUCCCUGGGCAGAGCAGCCUCCCCCACUCUUCCUCUUGUUGGCCUCAGGCAGCCAGGAUGAGAUGCUCCAGAUUGAGGAACUGCACCAGCGCCGCAAGCUGCUGGCCGGAUUCUGCAAGCUCAUCAUCUACGGAGUCCUGGAGCUGAGUGCUGCCUCAGACAUCUUCAAGCAUUACUCCAAGGUUGGUGGGGGGUGGGCGGAUGUGCCCAGGCUCUUGGCUCUGACAUGGGUCCCCUUCCUCUUCCUCAGCGAUGUUGCUGGACAGCUGGUUGGGUGCCAGAUUAGCUGUUCCUUCCCCAACAAGGCUCCAAGAGACCCACCAUAUCUGGUCUUCCAUGUGCAGCUCUGGUGGGCUGCGGUGGGGGGAACGACUGUUGCUUUUGGCACUACCUGGAGCUGUAAUGCACAGCAGCUGCCUGGUGGUAGAGGAUGGGGACCUUCUUCCUCCCAGGCUCCCACCCUGGGGAUGGGGAAUAUGUGUUACAGUUCAAAAGAUCACAGGCUCGGUGCAAGUGCAAAGCAUUAGGCACGUAGCCAGAAGCGCACUGAACUCAUGGAUGAUCAGGCAGCAGCAGAUUUAAAAGACCCUAUUCCCUCACCCAAAGUCUCACCACUACUCACCAGGCUGGUCGGGCCUGGCUAGGGGUGUUCUGUUGGCAGGGGUUCGAUUCUGGCUACCUUUGUGCAGCAUCCACCUGGGGACAAACCCUGGGAUUCUCUGUUCUAUGUGAUGGUCAGCAGAGGACUGUAAUAAUAGCUGUCUUUGACCCGGUCUUUCUGGCAUCCUAGCAUGUCCCACGUGAAGCACUUUUAGCUAGGCAAAUAGCACCAACACAAUUAGUCCUGCUUAGCUGCUCAACUAUCAACCAUGCCUACCAUGGCCUACAUGUGCCUGCCUGUCUGUCCAUUCAUCUCUGCAAUGCACUUACUCCAGCAAAGCAGUUGUCUCUUACUCUAGAGCAGCACAUUCCCAGGGAAGCUCCCCAGUACAAUCUGAGCAGAAAUUCACCAUCCUGAUUGGCACAAACCUCUUUGCGUGUCUGCAAGAAAAGAAAUAUUUUUGGUCACCUGACAAUGUGAUGUCAGGGGAUUGAGGGAUAGGCACAUGGCUGGGAAAGGUUCCCUCUGCCUGUGCUACAGCCCAGCCCCUUUGCAGCCUUCAGAGCCCCGUCAGACUCAUCUCAAUGGCCCAUGAGUGCUGUGCUUGCCGGGCCUGAGGUGUCUCCAGCGGGUUGCCAGCUGCUGUCCAGCUGCCUGACUCUGCAGUUAACCAAAAUAGCCAGCCAGUGUAUUGUUCACAGAAGCAAAACUUAAAAUGCACAAGUCAUGGCUCUUGGGCACAAGAGGAUGUUUGGAAGCCCAUUUCCAGUUGGACCCUAGCCAAGGAGUGCUGCCUGCUAGGACUAUUGCCCUUCCUUACCCACCCCAUAAUAGGGAAUAGAACUUUCUGUGUGUUUCUCUAUGGCUUAAGCCUAUGCUUUGGGAAUGGAGUGACUUUAGUGUUCUGCCCCCACCAGGCCUACAAUGACUACGGGGACAUCAUCAAGGCGACACUGAAUGAGACCCGCCAGAUUGACCGGACUGAAUGGGCUCACACGCUGCUCCUCACUCUGCAGCAGGUAAUGGGGGAAGGACCUUGAGCCAAGAGGUUGGGGAGAGGCCUUGGGUGACACUCCCUUGCUCUUCCUCCUAGUUGCUGACUCAGCUGCUUCUGGAACAGGGACCUGUAGGCGUCCACUCUGCCGCCUUCCUGGAGAUCCGGGAUUUGGCACGGCGCUUCUCUCUGCUCUUCGGGCUGCACCAGCUGCAGAACCGCUCCGCCCUUGUCACUCUGCAUAAGUGAGGAUGCUGCUGCCAAGGCCUUCUCUUCCUGUCUUGCAGGGUGUGGGAAGUAGUGGGAGGGCAGGAUCUGGUCCAAGAGCAGCCAAUGCCUGACAGGAAGCCAGCUGAGCAGGUGGAAGGGUGGGCCUUGGGAAGCCAGAGAUGGCUGGUCCAGGGGCUCAGUGCUCUCUGCAACAAAUGGCAGUGGCUUUCCAGGGUUCUGCCUGCAAUGGACCUGGGCGCAAAGUGGCUGCUUCUGCCCUGAAGCACAGCCUUGCCCAGUUCCUGGGUGUGGGAAGGGCAAGCCAAGAGGCUGGCUCCCCAGGCCCAGGAGGCAUCCCUGCUGCACUUUCAUUUGCCGUAGGGAUGGGAUAAAGUUUGCCUUCCAGGAGCCGGUGGCCUCCGACUCCAGGCUGGACCUUGUCCACCUGCCCUUCUUGGAGCUGCUGAGCGAGUUUUCUCCGCGGCUGGUGCCUCCCGACAAAGCCUUGCUGUGAGUGACUUGCGAUGGAAGAGGGGAGGCUGGGAGGCCCCUGUGCCCCUCGACUCCAUUCUCUGCUGUUAAGCCUAAUGCAGCUCCUCCCUCUGGCAGGCUGUCCUAUCUCAAGAAGAUCAGCCAGGCGCACCUGUCCUUCCGACGUGGAGAGGAGCACCUCUGGGCCUCGCUCCUGGUCUAUCAGCGCUCCCUGAGCCCCCAGGAGGAGGCAGCCCCCUCACCAGAUGUACCUGCUCAGCAGAAGCCUGGACCACCUGCCAAGAGGCGGCACCUGGAUGGUGGGAGACGGAAUGGAGGGGGGCAGGGUGGUGGUGGCUGUACUGCUGCAGACUUGGAAGCGGAAAUGGCCAUGUUUCUCCUGCCUUGGCAGAGUCCCUUGGGCAUAGUGAUGCCAGCUUCUCCUCCACUUCUGGAAGCCGCCUACAGAGCCCCUUGCUGACAUCCACCACCUUGCGGAAAAAAGGCCACUUGGCUGCCCAGCUGCUGGGCCAGGAGGACUCUGGCUCUGAGUCGGAAUUUGUGCAGAGGUGAGCUGGGCUGUGGGUGGGCUAGGGCUCGCUAGCACCCUCCCUGCAGGAGGCUUGACUUGCUUCUCUUCUGCCUUUUCAGCCAGCCACCGCAGGGCCACAAAGCCUCUCGCAGCCAGCCACAGCCCAAGAACCGUGGCAGCCUAGGCUGGCAGCUGGGGCGGUAAGUUUGGGCCCUUGAGUUGCUGCAAGCUGGAGAUUGGGCAAUAGGGUUUCACCACGAGGCCUCUGCCAAUUUAAAUAAGUGGAAGUAAUGUUUUCCAUCAGAGAACAACAAGUGAUACAAGAUUUUGUAUACGCUGUUUUAUGGGUUUGUGGUUAUAUUCAUGAAUAUGAAUAAUCAUUAUUACAAUAAAGCCAAGAUGCUUGGCGUCUGUGCAUCCAGGGAGAGAUUCCUGUGACCAGACGGUCUUUGCAGGGCAGCUGUGGAAAGGCAGAGACAGGGCAGGCACCAGGUUGGAGCCAUCCAGACUGCCUCUCCCACCCCCAGAAUAAGCUUUAAUCCCCCCAACAUGGCCAGGCAGCAAACGUCCCUUUGCUGUGCCAAGACAUGCCUCUGUUUUUGCCUCACAGGCUGACCCUGAUGGAAGUGGGAGAGGCGGUGGUGGAAGAGCCAGAGACCAGUGAGGAGGAGGUCGCCUUGGGCAAGGUGAAAAGAAGCCCCUGGCAAUGGGGGGGGGGGAGAGCUGCCUGCCCCCAGGUCCCCUGAGAGCCCCAGCCAGCCUGACCUGCAGCACCUGCUCCUCCUUGCACCCCCUCAGCUACUUUCUGGUUUCCCUCUUGGGGGCGGGAGGAAGGGCUGCGUUUGGCUUUGCUGGAGUGACUCCACUUUGUGCAGCAGGCAGUGAAUGGGUAGCUGGCCCACCUGGCUUUUGUCCGCAGGAGUCAGAGCUGAGGCCUCUCCUUGCCUGCAGGAUCUUAUCUAAUGGCUUCUUAAAGGAGAGAUGAGUGGGGCAGAGCAAGAUGGCUCCCCUUAACACCUGCCUUCCCUCUUCCCGCAGGAUUCCUGAGGUAGGCUCCCCCCCUCGCAGUUUCUCAGGGGGCUCUAUGCUGCGCUGCCCCUCCUGGGGUUGGAGGCUUCAGUUGCUUGUUGACAGUGCUGUUUGUCUAAUCGACGAUCUGGUUUUGGUGCCUUGGGGGGCUCUCCUUGCCCUCAUUUCUCAGGGACAGUUUUUGUUGUGUAGCAUUUGAGGUUUUGCCUCAGCUCCUCUCACUUGUGGGACACUUUCCAUUCUGCUAUUUCUGUUCUGCUGUUCCUUUUUUAUUGGGUUUUGUGGAGCUGUUGGCUGAGAAAUAAAACUGUUUAUGG